UAGCAGGGUUCAUAUCACAGCAAUAUAACUUUCCUCUCCUCUUCCAGAUCACUUCUAUUUUUGACCAGCAAUCUUUUGGUUGAAGAUUUCAUUUGCUCAGGGUGCCGGCUUUAAAAAUUCACUUCCAGUUCAAAUCAUUUCUUUUUUAACUCUAGGAAGUCGAAAUGCAAUCCAAGAGCCUGCAAGAUAAUCGCAAUAAUGGUAAGGAGGCAUGCUUGCUCUUUUCUUUCAAAAGCCAAAAGAAGAACUGUCUGGGUGGGAGGUUCGUAGUUGUUAUGACUUGCAAAGCUUAAAUCAGCUAAAAUUAAACUUAUAUAGGAAAUUGUUGAAAUGUGUCAAAUGUACCAGCAUGCUGAAAUAGCUCUAAGACUCAUUUUCUGGCAUGUGGGAAUUGGCAGUUAGUUCACCAGUGUCUCUUUAGUAUGAUAUCAAUGGGAAAGGAUAUACUGCUUAAUUAUUUGAGGGUUUUUAUUCAUGAAAUAAAAUGGGGGGGGGAUCUGAAAUCAAGCCAGUGGCAUUUUACUGCCAACACCUCUCAAAGUAUGAAGGAAAACUAUGUAUGUUAAAAUGUGCAUGAUGCAUUUGGAAGCUACUACAUAUGAUUACAUAUGACAUGUAAUCUGACAUUACUCUCGUCACUCCUGUGGCAAUUAGCCCACUCAGUGCUCGUGGCACUGGAACUUGCAAGACUUGAGAGGAUCCCAUAUUAUUCCAAAUUAGUUUGUUUAUCUGAGACAAUAUGCAAAGAGAUAUCAUGUUAUCUAGCAUUAUCAUGUUUUAAACCGAAUUUAAUGUUGUAUUUAUAAACUGCUGAAACCUGCCCUAGGAUCAUAUGGUGAAGGGUGGGAAAUAAUAAUUAUUAUUAUUAUUUCAACACAUUGAAAAAGAUUUUUAAAAAAGAUUUCUGGGCAGAAUCUUGUCCUGUACAUUGUACUGAGAUAUAUACAUAUGCAACCCCCACUGAACCCACUGAGAAUUACUCCCAGGUAAGCACAUAUAGGAUUGCAGCCCAAGUUAUUUUUAUUUGCAUGCCUUCGUUUUAAUGUGUCUCUUAAUCUCGCCCCCACCACAAUGUGGCUAUUACAUUCUGUUGAAAGUUCCCCAUUUAAACUGAGCUUACAUCAUCAGGAUGUACUUAAUGCAAGUAGUAACGCGGUAUAAUCUCUCUUCCGGGGUUGGAUCUUAAGGUCAAAACAUAUGAUGCAAGAGAUCUCUGUUUGGAUCUCUCUCUUUUUAAACAGCCAAUGGGGGCGGGGGGAGCUCUGUGCGUGUUUAACCCUUUUGCUUCAUCUGUUAUUCCUCAUUGAAAAUCCCAGUUGUUGCAUUGGUGUUAUUGGCCACCCACAAUUUCCACCUUGAUUAAUUCUACCUUAUUGUAACUCCAUAAAUUAUAGGGAGUCUGACCCUGCAACUCAUUCCACCUGUAUUCCACCUGACUUUGACCUCUUCCCUCCCUCUUCCCAAAGCAGAGUUAAUAAAUAGCUGCAUUAAGUGGGUGGUUUUGAUUGGGAAAACUACAGGAAAACUCUCCCUUUCCCUGGUGCCAUUGAUUCAGUCAUGAUUGAAGCCCUCGCUGGCUGCUUUAAUGUUGCUGUUUUAAAUUAGGUGCAGUGUGGUGCAAUGGUUAGGGUGUUGGUCUAAGACCUGGAAGACCAAGGUUCAAAUUCCCUGUCAGCCAAGAAACUCAUUGGGUGACCUUGGGCCAGACAUUAUCUCUCAGCCUAACCUACCUCACAGGUUGUUUCAGGGAUGGCAUGAAGAGGGGGAGUGCCACGAAUGCCAUAUUGAGCUCCCUGACAGGAAAGGUGGGAUAUAAAAGCAAAAAUAGACAAUACAUAUGGAUAAACAUCCAGCCGUGGAUCUCCUGGGUCAUGCACCUGUUUUCAGCAUCAUUUAUUUAGGACUCUGGCUAGAUAAGGGCCAGACCAAGACAUUUUGCUGCCUGAGGCAAAGGAGAAGAUGGUGGCCCCCACUUCCCAUCCAUGAAACAGACUUUCACUGCACCCGAGGACAGCAUGCUAGCUUGGGUGGGUGUGUGCAGCGCAUACCAUGCAUCUCACACAGCUCUACUCACUCUCAACCUUUCAACAUCUGCUGCCUAAGGUGGCUGCUGCACUCCUGCUAAUGGUAGGGCCGGCUGCAGUGUAAAGUUCAGACAUUGUUUAGAUGCAAAAGAGGAGAACCAUUCCACUCCUCCUGAAAUUACCUGCUUGAUACAAGUGUGGGUCAUCUUCUCAUCCCUUCUGGCAUAGCUGUACCUACUGAUGUUACACAUUCCUGUGCCGGUUGUGUCUUCCUGUUGGGUGUAAUAUUUUCUUUUUGCCCUUCCUCCACUGACAUUUCUUUUAUCUUCAGGAUAACAAAUGGGACCUGUGGUACAAUGCUGAAAUGUGUCCUCCCCGUUUAAUAAGAGCACUGUGGUUCAAGGUUCUGGCCAGUCUAGAGUACUUCCUUCCAUACAAACCCACACACCACAGUUUUCCAACUAGUACUUGACAUUCUGUGACUCAUUUGGGCUGGGUUUUUCUUCAGUUUGAUGCCCUAUUAGGGUUUGGGGUUUUGUUUUUAAAGUGUUUUCGUAGCUUUGAAAACCUCAAAGUUACCCUGAGUCUGCAGAUAGCUUCCCUCUAGUUUCUCAGUUGGCCCCACUUUGACUCUAUUUCAGUUGACCCUCGACACCCAAGUUCAUUAUUAGAGGGAACUACAGUCUGAGUGGGACGCGGGUGGCGCUGUGGGUUAAACCACAGAGCCUAGGACUUGCUGAUCAGAAGGUCGGCGGUUUGAAUCUCCGCAACGGGGUGAGCUCCCAUUGCUCGGUCCCAGCUCCUGCCAACCUAGCAGUUCAAAAGCACGUCAAAGUGCAAGUAGAUAAAUGGGUUUUAUCUACUGGCGGGAAGGUAAACGGCGUUUCCGUGCACUGCUCUGGUUCGCCAGAAGCGGCUUAGUCAUGCUGGCCACAUGACCCGGAAGCUGUAUGCUGGCUCCCUCGGCCAAUAAAGCAAGAUGAGCACCGCAACCCCAGAGUCGGCCACGACUGGACCUAAUGGUCAGGGGUCCCUUUACCUUUACAGUCUGAGCAUGAUCAGUGCAUGCAGGAACUGCCUACAAAACCCCACUGCUGGAAGUCAAAGCAGUGCACAUUCUCUGUGCGUUGCUAGUGCCGCAAAGGACCCUGGAGCAUGUUCUGAAACUUGCUGCUCCUUUUUUUAAACUGAAAAUAAAGUUUAGUUGCAGCAGUGCACCAGAUGAAAAUCAAUGUACUUAAAAAAACACACGAAAACAAACCUUUACUUUGGAAAGCACAGACGUCAGUGUUUCAGCAUGCGUAUCCUCAAAGUUGAACUCCCAAAUCGGGUCAGGUGAUUAUCUGCUGAAAUUGCAAAUCAGCCUUGUAACAAAAAACUUGCAGUAUCUUUUCUGGUGAUCAGAAGAGAAGUUUGCACUUAGAACUACAAAUAAAUUUAUGUAACCCAUUUUAAAGCUCUCACAAAAUGUUCUGCUGCUGCUAAGCGGAUUGCUCUACUUAACACAUUUGAUGAAAUACCUUCUCCAGGGUCAGGAACACUUAACAGAUAGAUCUCCAGAAAAGACAAAUGGCCACAAACAACAAAAGCUUCUUAAGUGAACAAGGCUGGUGGAUUUUUAUUUUUAUUUUAGACUUGCUUUGAAUUUGCCAUUCUUCACAAAGGCUCGGCUUGAUCUGCAGAAAGAGAUGAAAAUCCAUACAUGAGGUUCAUUUUGCCAUGACUUUGAUACUAUCUACAAAAGUAAACAAACCUUUUAACAAACUUUUGUGACUUUAAAAGAGAAAUAGACAAAAUUAGACAAAUUAUUGGAGGAUAAAGCGAAUCUACCAUGAAACUAAUAAAGUUUAAGCUUUGGGGCCCCUAGUCCCAGAGGGGCCCCAGAAGUGACUUCAUUGCUCAAAAAUUUGGGGUCUAGGAGACUCAGUUUGAGUCGCACAAUCCUAAAACUAUAAGGCAUAGGACAUUUUUAUUCACACCAGUGACUUUGACAUGUGGGAUAAUCCAGUACAGUGGUACCUCGGGUUAAGUAUUUAAUUUGUUCCAGAGGUCCGUUCUUAACCUGAAACUGUUCUUAACCUGAAGCACCACUUUAGCUAAUGGGGCCUCCUGCUGCUGCCGUGCCGCCAGAGCACAAUUUCUGUUCUCAUCCUGAAGCAAAGUUCUUAACCUGAAGCACCAUUUCUGGGUUAACCGAGUCUGUAACCUGAAGCGUAUAUAACCUGAAGCAUAUGUAACCCGAGGUACCACUGUACAACAAUUUUAACCAAAGUCUGAGAUGUAGUAGUUUUUUGUUUGUUUUUUAAAAUGUGAUGAUCUGUUGUGGAACAACCCCAUUGAAGAAGAUUACAGUGGUUACCCAGAUCUCAUUACUGGUUGUGAAGGGGCCCCCAUAACUGUUCAAGCUUCAGGGCCACAAAAAUGUGUGUCAGCCACUGGAUAAGCCUACUAGCCAUGAUGGCUAUGAUCUGUCUCCAUCACUGGAGGCAAUAUGACCCUGCAUGUCAGCUUCUGAGCGGGUGCUGUUGUGCUCAUGUCUAGGCUCCUCAUACGAAACUGGUUGGCCACUGAGAGAACGAUAACCCCCUUAACUGUCCCAAUAAAACCAAGACAUCCCAUUUUCUCGCACGAGAGCACAGCACCAUGAUCUCACCACCAAAAAUAGUGCUUUUGGGGGGACAGCACUCUUUUGUGGUGCCCCAAAAGGCACACAUUUGGGCACCGUGCUCAUGGGGAAAGCACGUCUUUUGGGGUCACAAUCUCGCACAGGUCACAGUCCCACACAUGAAAGUGGCCCUGGAAGACAGGCAUCCUGGGAUUUUUGCUUCGACGUGCUGGAGGGUAUGGAAGAAGAUGCUCCACUAGAUAGGCCAGGAUCUUUGUAUGUUCUUAACUAGAUGGGUCUUUGGUCUUCUUUGAUAUGCUGGGUUGAUACCGUUCUUCUGGGAUGCCACAGAGCAUAGUACAGUGAUACCUCCGGUUAAGAAUUUACCGUAAUUCGUUCUGGAGGUCCGUUCUUAACCUGAAACUGUUCUUAACCUGAGGUACCACUGUUAUGUACUGAGUUGAAUAGGAUCCAAACUGCAGCAGUCUGAUUGGUCCUAGAACAAUAGGAUUCAGAAUGCAGCAGUCUGAUUGGUCCUAGAACAAUGCAGCAGUAUGAUUGGUUGGCAGGAACCACCCAAUCAUGCUCCAGAUAGAAGUGAAUCCACAACCUGAUUGGCUUACAGUAGAAUUCCGGAAUUAGCCAAUCAUGUGCAGCCCAUUGUGUAAAUAAUGUAUAUAAAGCAGAUACUUUGAGGGGACUUUCAUUCAUUCCUCCUCACCACUAUGAGCUGAAUAAAGAGCAUGAAAUCACUUUGCGACUCUGAGUAUAUUUCAACCACUUUAGCUAAUGGAGCCUCCUGCUGCCACUGUGCUGCCACCACACGAUUUCUGUUCUCAUCCUGAAGCAAAGUUCUUCACCCGAGGUACUAUUUCUGGGUUAGCGGAGUCUGUAACCUGAAGUGUCUGUAACCUGAAGCAUCUGUAACCUGAGGUACCACUGUACUAUGUUUAGUGCUCUGUGGCGUCACAGUUUUAUUCCAGUUCCCACUAAGCAAUGCUGUGGCACCAAGGAAGUACCUAGUGUGAAAGAAGCACAAUUCUCAGAACAAUAUUGCAUGUCCCAGAAGUUUAUUUUUGCCAGUCAAAGCCCUCAAAUCUGCCCCAAUCUCUAAACUUUGCAUCCCCUUCGUCCGCCCCCCUUCUGGCUGAUGGGUGUGACAUAAUUCCAGUAGCCACCAACCAUCAAAGAUUCAAAUGGUCGGAAUCAGUGCCAGCCUAGGAAAGUACUUUGAGAGAGACUGAUGACAUCAGUGCAUUUGCAGGAAAGUAAUCCACAGAUGGGAAUGAGUCGCCUUCUGGGUAUUCAGUAUGGUUAAGGAAAAAAAGAGCCAAAGCAAGAGGAGUGAUUUUGUGGGAACUCCUACUAUGGAAAGUGUGGUUUUAUCAGCUGAGCAUCAGUUUGCAGGAAGGCUAGUAGAGAACAGCCAGCAUCAACUUCUAGGACAGGCAUCCCCAACCUUCGGCCCUCCAGAUGUUUUGGACUACAAUUCCCAUCAUCCCUGACCACUGGUCCUGUUAGCUAGGGAUCAUGGGAGUUGUAGGCCAAAACAUCUGGAGGGCUGAAGGUUGGGGAUGGCUGUUCAAGGAUGUCCAGCCUUCUCCUGAAGGGAUCCAGGUACCAGCUAAAGCACCCUGCCUUAUCUCCAAAAUCCCAAACCUGCCCUACAGUUGGCUCUGGAGCAUCAGUUAGGUAUUGUAUUGAAUGUUCACCUGAAGACCAUACUCUGGUGGGGUCCGAACUCUUUUUCCAGACUUGCAUUUCUCACUUCAGACCUUCUUUGCAGCUUAUUUAACUGGGGUGAUUUACUGACUAUUACUUCAUCUCCAUUUUUUUUGUUUUGUUACUUCACCCUGAUUUCUUUUUGCUGUCAUCAGUAACAUUACAUAAAGGUAAAGGUAAAGGAAACCCUGACCAUUAGGUCUAGUCAUGGCCGACUCUGGGGUUGCGGCGCUCAUCUCGCUUUAUUGGCCGAGGGAGGCGGCGUACAGCUUCCGGGUCAUGUGGCCAGCAUGACUAAGCUGCUUUUGACGAACCAGAGCAGCACACGGAAACGCCAUUUACCUUCCCGCCGGAGUGGUACCUAUUUAUCUACUUGCACUUUGACAUGCUUUUGAACUGCUAGGUUGGCAGGAGCUGGGACCGAACUUAUUUUACAAUUUUCAUACCUCCCUUCAAUAAAUAUUUCUAGAGCAGUUUACAGUGUGUGUGUGGUGGGAGGGAAGUCUCAGUGACAAUAUCACUGAGGACCAAUUAAGCUAAGUCAGAGUGAGGGCAAGGCGAUGUAGGAAUUGUUUUCAUCCCUCCGAAUGUGCAAAAAAACUUGCCCGGGAUAAAGCAUUUUAUAGGCAGGGCUUUUACUUCCAUAGUGGCAAAGACUGUUUAAAGUAAACUCUACCUAGUAAUAUUUUAAUAACUUUUUUUUAAACAGCAAAUGUUUAUAACUUUGCUUCUUGUAAACCAAUUCCAGGAAUGGGCCCAUAACCAUUUCAGAUCAAAGUCCACACUUUGCUUUUUUAGAAAUUAUCAUUUGCCAGUGCAAUAUAAUUCGAAUGCCAAGUUGUAAAUCAGGGACAGUGUUUGAGAAAUGCCUCGUCAUGCAGGGUAAUUUAAAUUAAGAAGCUGUAGUAAGUGCUGUAAUGUGAGAUACGAUAGCAAAAAGGGGAAUGGAAAUUUCUCUCACUCAAGGCACACGGGCAGAGGAGAUUGUUUUACUGACGGCUUAUAGCAGCAUAGCGCAAGAUAAGGCAGGUCCAAAACCUAUGAUGACAAAUGGACUGAAUGGCAUCUCUGAAGCAAAGGUUUACAAAGCACAAGGGGAGGUGAAGUUUUCGGGGAGGCAUGAUCAGUUGCUAGGGGAGAAUCAAAAUUCUACAGCCUACACCUACAAUCUGAAGUGGUACAGUCUGUUUUGCUACCUAAUUCUGCUGUAGGGAGUCAUAGAAAGAUCUACAUUGGCUCCCAGUACCUUUCCGAGCACAAUUCAAAGUGUUGGUGCUGACCUUUAAAGCCAUAAACGGCCUCUGCCCAGUAUACCUGAAAGAGCGUCUCCACCCCUAUCAUUGCUUUGGGCAAUGUAUUAUGCUGCCCAGAGCACAAAUAUAAGGCCUGAGACCAUUUUGGCUUGCACUUUCUGAUUUCAUCGUUUGUCUGGGUAGUAACAAGUAGAGAUAAUUUAUUUCUGUUUCAGAUACAAACCCAGAAUUUCCUCCAGGGCUUAAGCUCAUGCAAUAACUUCAGGAAGAAAUGUUUGAAAGUGUAACCGCUGCCUGAAUUUCUUCAGUAACUACCGUAUUUUUUGUUCCAUAAGACGCACUUUUUCCCUCCUAAAAUGUAAGGGGAAAUGUGUGUGCAUCUUAUGGAGCGAAUGCAGGGGGGAGGCAGGCAGGAAAAGCCCCUGCGGCUCUUGCGGGCUUUUCCCCAGGAGGGAGAAGGGAUUGAUGCGGCCAGUCGGUCCCUUCUCCCUCCUCAUAGAAAAGCCCGCAGGAGCCGUGCACUCCUUAAAGGGUGCGCGGCUCCUGUGGGCUUUUCUACUAGGUGGGGGAAUUCCCCCACCUUGUAGAAAAGCCAGCAGAAGCCGCACACCCAUUAAAGAGCGCACGGCUUUUGCGUGCUUUUGCGGGAGGUGGGGGAAUUCUAGGUGCACCCUAUGGUCAGGUGCGCCUUAUGGAGCGAAAAAUACGGUAAAUCUAUCACUGCCUUUUUCAAGAGAGUACAGUGCUGCAGAUAGUAAGGACAUAAUGAGCUGACGAAGUAAAGUAGCAGCAUCUUCCUGCAGGAAUUAAAAUUCUGCAGUUCCCUUUGUGUUUGUGAUCUUUAGCAUAUACACUAGAAUUAGGGUGUUUGGGGCUAGCCUGGGGAGUCUGAACCCCAGAUCUUUUGUGCUGAAUGGGGUGAAUGUGCACCUAAAGGACCAAAUGCACAGUCUGGGAGUCAUUUUGGACUCACAGUUGUCCAUGGAGGCACAGGUCAAAUCUGUGUCCAGGGCAGCUGUCUACCAGCUCCAUCUGAUAUGCCAGCAGAGACCCUGCCUGCCUCCACACUGUCUUGCCAGAGUGGUAAAUGCUCUGGUUAUCUCCCGCUUGGACUACUGCAAUGCGCUCUAUAUGGGGCUACCUUUGAAGAUGACUCAGAAACAACUAAUCCAGAAUGUGGCCUUUUCACCACAUUCAUUGUACUGGGACCAGAAAAUCCUAUUGUUGCCCCCACAGCUCAGAGUAAGUCCUGAUAGCCAGAGCUGGUUUUCCUCUUCUGAAAUUUGCAAAAAAAACCAUAUGCAUCUAUACAUAUAAAUUAGCAUGUGCUCUUUUAACUGGCCUAUGCUUUGAGCCUUUUGCAUUUCUAUCAAUACCCCUGCACCAAAUGCCAAUUUCCAGAUGAUUUCAAAAUGGCUUAUUUCCCCUGAACAGAGCUUUUAGCUUGUAAGCUGCAAUCUGUCAGAUUUUCAAGUAAGAGUUUUCUGGCAGAGGUUCUUUCUACAUAAUUCAAACUGACAGUAAUUAAGCUGAAACUUAUUGUAGAGUAGGGACGUGGGUGGCGCUGUGGGUUAAACAACAGAGCCUAGGACUUGCCGAUCAGAAGGUCAGUGGUUCGAAUCCCCGCGAUGGGGUGAGCUCCCGUUGCUCGGUCCCUGCUCCUGCCAACCUAACUGUUCGAAAGCAUGUCAAAGUGCAAGUAGAUAAAUAGGUACUGCUCCAGCGGGAAGGUAAACGGAGUUUCCGCGCGCUGCUCUGGUUCGCCAGAAGCGGCUUAGUCAUGCUGGCCACAUGACCCGGAAGCUGUCUGCGGACAAACGCCAGCUCCCUCGGCCUAUAGAGCGAGAUGAGCACGCAACCCCAGAGUCAGUCACAACUGGACCUAAUGGCCAGGGGUCCCUUUACCUUUUACCUUUAUUGUACACUGGUACCUCCGUUUUCGAACAUAAUCCGUUCCGGAAGACCAUUCGAGUUCUGAAACGUUCAAAAACUGGAAACUCAAUAGCCGACAGGUAGGCCUCAGGAUCUUGCACUCAGUGGAAGCCCCGUGGCAUAUUCGACUUCCAAGUCAUGUUCAAAACCAAAGCAUUUACUUCCAGGUUUACGGCAUUUGAAAACUGAAAUGUUCAUCAACGGAGACCUUCGAAAACCAAGGUACCACUGUAUAUGUUCAGCAGAAGGAGGUAUGUUCAUUCUUCCAGGAUACUAGAUACUAGAUAUUGCAUCUAUAAAAUUACAGCAAAGUUGAUAAAUAGCUGCAGUUAAGUAUGUUUAUCAUUAGCAGUAAUCUCUCUCUCCAUUUUAGUAAUUAUCUCUGUACAGUGAUAUCAUGCAACUAGUGCAAUCACAGUCCAGUCACCUUUACAAUCAAUGUAAAUAUUAUGAAUUUUAAUAACUGAGUAACUUCUUGGACAAAAAUUGUAGCAUGGCAAAUUUCCUUUUUGUGAAUGAAAGAGAGGUUUUAGUUCUCAUGAAACAGCGGUCUAGUACAGUAGUACCUCAGGUUAAGUACUUAAUUCGUUCCGGAGGUCCGUUCUUAACCUGAAACUGUUCUUAACCUGAAGCACCACUCUAGCUAAUGGGGCCUCCUGCUGCUGCCGUGCUGCCAGAGCACAAUUUCUGUUCUCAUCCUGAAGCAAAGUUCUUAACCUGAAGCACUAUUUCUGGGUUAGCGGAGGCUGUAACCUGAAGCGUAUGUAACCUGAAGCAUAUGUAACCUGAGGUACCACUGUAGUUGGUAUGAAGCCAGGAAGAUAGUCCUGACUCAGUCAUUAAGCUUCUGGAUAAACUGGAGCAGUCUCUGUCAGGCUUCCCUACCUUACAAGGUUGUUGUGAGGAUAAAAUAGAAUUGGGGACCAUGUAGGCUGACCUUAGCUUCUUACAAGAGCAUAAAGAUCUAAUCACUGCCCAAAUGCCAAAAUGAUUAAAUUAGCCUUCCCCACCCUGCUGCCUGCCAAAUGUUUUAAGACUACAACUCCCAUCGGCCCUAGCUAGCACGGGGAGUUAUAGUUCAGAACAUCUGGAGGGCAACAGGUUGGGGGAGGUUGCUGGCUUUAGAGAAUGUAUCCAGUCAAAUUCUAAUGAUUUGUUCAGUUGGAGAACGUUAGCAAAACACCAGUCCUUCUUGGCAAACUUUACAACUUAAAUAUUUUCCUUAGCUCUUGGUUACUGAAUGCUGAAGGGUUUGUUUUAAUGGGUGGAGUUAAAGGCAGAUAUUUAACACACGGUUUAUGCCAAAGUUGAGCCUUGCACAAAUUAAUCAGCAGUUAAAUUCUUCCCUGCUUCUAUGGAUUACACUACUUUGUAUUAUUUUAUAAUACGAAAACUGACAUGGAACAUGCAAAAUAAGCAACCAGAUGCAAAGGAACGCAAAACUCUCUUACCUUUAGGUCAGAAGUGACUGAUAUUGCUUUCCUUACAACAAACUGCUUGAGAAAUAUACAAUUGCUUAAGUUUUAUGCAAGAAUCCGGGGUCAUUAGGUUAAAAAUGACGAAAGAGGCAUCAUUUUCAUAGGUACCUGUAGUGCUGAGACUUUUUGCGUACAUCAUCAAAAAAAGAGGAAAUGCGUCAUCAAAAAGAGGCGUUGUAAAAAGAUCCACAGUCAAUGGUUUAUUCAUAAAAUGCUUAAAAGGCCCAGGUGAUACUGAAGAAAAUUCAGACUAUGUCAAAGAGUUGUUAUGACAUAUUGCUGGGAGCACUAUAAAAACCUUCCAGCAAAGGAAAAAAGUCUAGUCCUUGUCAGCCUGUGAGCACGUGGGGGUAAAAAUAGUAAAAAAUAAGAGCUGGCAAUUCACCAAAUUUUGGAGAAAAAGGAACUGUAAUACUACUUGACAGCAUCCAAAAUGUACAUGGCUGGGACAUGUUCUAUUGAGUAUGUGUAUGAGAGCAUUAGCUGUAUAAGGUUGGGAAACUUGUGGCUCUCUAGAUUAUUAUUGAUUCCAACUGCCAUUGGCCCAGGUCAGGAAUGACGGGAGUUGGAGUCCAAAAAAAAACACCUGAAUACCCACAGAUUCCCAAUCUCUGGGUUAUAGAGUAGCAUGGAAAAUUAGGUAAUAAAUACUCAAUCGUCAGCUCUACUGAUUUUAGUGGAACUAGCUAUCAGGUAAGCAUAUAUCAGAUUACAACUGCAUUGGGUAUAGACUAUUUUGGUCAAACUUUUGAAAAGGUAUUCUAAGUUCUUUAACACUGAGACAUCUUUUUGCUUUACUGUUUUGUUAGUUUUUAAAUAGAGGACAUUGGCAGGUCCAAACUGCAAUCUUGUGUGCGCCAACUUCUUUUGAGUAAGCGACAUGGAACACAGUGAGUCUUGCGUCUGAGUAACCAUGUCGUAAGAGAAUUUGCAUGCUCAAGAGAGAUUCAUGUAGAAAGCAGUAUGCAAAGGAAGGUCUGGUUUUUUUAAAUGUAUUUUUAUUAAAGGUUUUCUUGGUUUACAAAAGUAUGUGCAAUGUCUCUCUCUUCCCCCCCAAGUAACAUUUUUUACAGAUCUGUUUCAUUUGUUGAGACAUUAGGAAGAAAAGGGGGGAAGGGGGGGGAAGAUGAGUGGGGGUGGGGUCGGGUGGCGAUGUUUCUAUUUUACUUAAUAUAUGUGGGGUUUUGUGUCAGCAUCGCUUGUGCAGGUUCUCUGCUAUUAACUUGUGGUUUCUUUGGUGGUGAGAGAGGUUGGGGUUGGCUUAGGGUGUGGUUGUUUGUGGUUGGCUGUGGUGGUCUUUGUUUUCAUGUGUGAGUGGGGUGGGUGGGUGUUUUGGAUCAGGUGAGCCAUAUUGAUUUGUAUGUUGUUGGUGGAUUUUUGUCAUUGUCUUGUUGGGCUGUGUAUGUGAUAAAGGGGAGCCAUACUGAGGUGAAGGCGUCUUCUCCUAUUUGUCCCCGUGUCAGUUUCAGUUUAUUGGUGAAUUUUUCUAGUAAGGCUGUUUCCCAUACUAUUUGGUACCAUUGGGCCAUGCUUACUCCUGACAGAUCUCUCCAGUGUCUGGUUAUGAUGUUUCUGGCUGCUGAAAGUAGGUGGAAGGAAGGUGCUGGUUGAUGCAGGAGGUGAAAGAGGUGAAAGGGGCAUCAGGGUCAACAGACAGACACACCAUGGGAGAAAUGGAAAAAGUGAGUCACAUGGAAAAAAACUAUGUUUGAAGAAGCUUCUGGUUGCACAAGAAAACCCUUAAACCUGUCAGUUUCCAUUCUAAGUGUCUUUUAAUCGCUCAGGGUGCCGCCUAACAUCAACCCCCUCACCCCACCCUGGGUCAAAUGAGUCUUGGACCAAAUCUGUUGUCUGUUUAAAGCAGAUGCACCUUUAACCAGACAUGGGGCUUGUCCAAACUUUUGCUUGUCCCGUGCCUAAAAAGCAUGGGUCUGAGUGGUUUUCUGCUUGCCCCGUGCUUUCCAGGUAUGGGUCCAAGCAGUUGUGCCUUUGUCCUGCCGCUUUCCCCAGAAAACCUGCUCCAGAUUGACAUUUGCUCCAAUUCAGUGGUAAAGAUUGGGUUUUCCUGGGGAAAGCGGAAGUGUGGAUGAGCCCUAAGUACAAACAGCUAACUUCUGCCAGUUUCUUCAGUCAGCUUGAGCUUAGUUCAUACUGACUGUUGUGAAGUGGUUAAAUGGAUAGCCUAGGAGUGGGGAACCUGUGUCCCUACAGAAUAUUAGAGAUGAAGGAGAAAAUCACUUCAGUUCACAUCUAAAGGCAAACCUACGUCAUCUGCACUUUUUGAAACAAUACACAAACAAUACGCAGACAUAUUUCAAAAUCUGCACUUUUCCAGAUUUUUCAGUGCAGUUCUCCAGGCAAAUAAUGUGUACAAAAAUGCAUAUUCUAGAAUAGAGGGUGCAUAAUAAUGCAUAUAUUAGUGAAGGCAACUUUUAAAAAUGCAUUACAUUAGGCAAGAUUGCUUUUCAAAAAUGUGUUUAUUAGAAGACAUGAGCACUAAAAUGCUGAUGAAUCUUCAUUACAAUUUUUUUAAAACCCCUCAAAUUUAUGUGGAAAUGUGGAGGACUGAAUUUAAGAUUAGACAAAUGAGAAGUUGAGAGAAAACAAAAUUGAAAGACUUGCUGCUCACAACUCCUGGCCAUUAUUCUACUAGUGCCUUUUAUCAGCUUUAGCAAGUGUGGCAGCUGCAACCAUUCAUAGACAGGGAUAGCUUUAGCACAAUAGGCCAGGCAUUGGUGACCAAUCCUGGAUUAUUGCAAGGCACUCUUGUGUGGAGCUUCUCUUACUUGUGCUCUAGAAACAGCAGCUAGUUCAGAAUGCUGCCGCACAAGUGUUGACAGGAAUGAGAUCCUAUCAGCGUAUUACAGCUUUGCUCAAAGAAGUGCAGGGGCUGCUGAUUUGCUACCAGACCAAGUUCAAGGUUUUACAGUUAAUAUAUAAAACCCUUAACAUCUUGGGAUUAGUUUACUUGAACUAUCACCUUGUCCCCUACAUGCCUAUUCGACCACUUAGAUCUGUGGAACUUGUACUUUAUGUGUGCUCCACCGACCCGAGGGGGUCAAUAUUUUAAUGUGUCAGUAUCAACAUUGGCCAGGCACCCUUGCCUGUUUUAGAUGCCUCUUAAAAUUUUGUUUAUUUCAGAGACAGCAUAUAUACUUGGUUUUUUGAAUUUAGCUGAUUUGAUGUCUGUGUUGUUGAUAACUACUUUGUAGUAGUUUAUGUACACUACUUAGAGGUGUUUUUUUAUAUUAAGUGGUUUAUGUUGUUGUUGUUGUUUAGUCAUGUCCGACUCUUCGUGACCCCAUGGACCAGAGCACGCCAGGCACUCCUGUCUUCCACUGACUCCUACAGUUUGGUCAAACUCAUGCCGGUAACUUCAAGAACACUGUCCAACCAUCUUGUCCUUUGUCGCCCCCUUCUCCUUGUGCCCUCCAUCUUUCCCAACAUCAGGGUCUUUUCCAGGGAGUCUUUUCUUCUCAUGAGGGGGCCAAAGUAUUGGAGCCUCAGCUUCACGAUCUGUCCUUCCAGUGAGCACUCAGGGCUGAUUUCCUUAAGAAUGGAUAGCUUUGAUCUUCUUGCAGUCCAGGGGACUUUCAGGAGUCUCCUCCAGCACCAUAAUUCAAAAGCAUCAAUUCUUUGGCGAUCAGCCUUCUUUAUGGUCCAGCUCUCACUUCCACACAUCACUACUGGGAAAACCAUAGCUUUAACUAUACGGACCUUUGUUGGCAAGGUGAUGUCUCUGCUUUUUAAGAUGCUGUCUAUAGUGGUUUAUAGCUUUUCCUAAAUCAAUAAAUGCUGUCAGAGGCUAGUGGGAGGUGGUGUUCAACAACAUCUGAAGUGCCAUGAGUUACAAAUAUCUGGUAGAGCCUAUAGGUCUUCACUGUGUGUCAAUAUAUGCUGAAAAAAAUGGGAACGCUCCCUCGGCACUCUGUCAAUGUGAGUUUGGGGAUGAAUUAUCAUUCAUGCCACCUCUCCCUCGUGUCAUUUGCAGUCUGAUGCCACCAAACUUGACCCUGACAUUUAUUGCUCCAUAUCAAUCUCUUAUCCCAUUAACUCUGUCUUCAAGCCAUUACCAAGUGUGGUGGUUGACAUGAUAACCCCCAAGAGCACAGCUCAUUCAGUUCCUUGAUUAACCAGGAAGACAUGAUCAUGACUUGAAUGAAGGUGGCAGAAAACUUUAAAGCACAUCCAAAGCACUUUCCCCCUCUCAAAGAAUUAUGGGCAGUGUAGUUUGCAAAGGAUUGCUGAAAAUUGGAACUCCCUUAUGAGUAAACUACAGUUCCCAGAAGUCUUUGAGAGGUGUGUGUGCUUCAAACAAGCUUUAAAGGUAUAGUGGGGUAUAGCUGCUUCCUCUGUGGCAGUGGCAGGUAGCAAAGAAACAAUGCUCACCAUUCGUAUCCAUGCAGUGCUAUUCAGUAGGCCUUUCUUGGGCUUCCCCAUUCUGACUAGUGGGAUGGUGCUGUCGAUCCAUCAGUGGCAAAGUGAGUCUUCUUUACUAUUAUAAAGCUGUCCACAUCCUUCUUGGUUCAGCUGGGUCACCAGGAAGGCUUUUGCCCAGCUUAGACUGUUAAAAUAGCUGUUAACAGUUUCUGGGAAAUGCAGAUCUCACCAUGGUGACACACAUGGAGGUUACAUUAAAAUUGGAUUACUAUACUCUGUGGACCUUCCUUUGAAAAAUAUUCAGAAACUUCAGCUGGUUCAUAACUCAGCAGCUAAACCUUUGGUCACAGUCAGUUUUGAGGAGCAUGUAUAUCCCCUUUUACAUCACCUUCAUUGUCUAAUGGUCUAUUUCCGGGCCCAGUCAAAGUUCUGCUUAGGACUUUAAAAUCCUUUAACUGCUUAAUGGAUCCUAAGACCAAAUCAUUUGACAUACGGUAAACUUGCCUACUCUCUGAGAUCAACCAGGGAGGCCUCUCUUGUUUCCUUCUGUAGAGAGAGAGAUGGUGGUAGUCAGCUCAUUUUUACUCAGAGUAGACCCACUGAAAUUAAUGAAGUUAGGUCCACUGUGCAUUAAACUUAGUUGAAUACCACCCAGCCUCAAUUUCUGUCACUAAUUUUUCAAAGCCUCUCGUUGAUAUGUCUCUAUUCAGAGAACAUGAGGAGGAGAUUUACCUGGCAUUUUCCAAUAAGCUCACGAUUAGAAAUCUCAGGCCUUGUCUCUGUUGCUAUGUUGAAGGCCAGCUACAAUGCAACAAAAGGAAUUCACACCUGCCAUAUGAUAAGAGACCAGCUAUGAGCACCUGCUAUUAUCCUUCCUUUCCCAGAACCCAAGCACUGUCCCAAGAAUAAUCAAAGUUAUGCAAUAUCAUCCAUUUAAUUGUUCCAGCCCUCAAACAAGCCUACAAUGGCCAAAAUGAACCCACUCAUGUCAAAAUGGGUGUGAUCAAAGUGUAAAAGUGAGUGUGGUCAAUUUAAUUUUUUUUUUCAGAGCAAGGAAAACUUUCAGGGGAUGACAAAAAAAACCACAACCUUUUGGCUUCACAAAAUCAUAGUAGAAGACCCAUGGGAGUGAUCAGUUUCCAUAAUUCUUGGGUUGCAUUCAACUAGGUUUAACUGAGAGAAGAUCUAUUAAAAGUAAUGAACCUAAAUUAGCCAUGUCCAUUACAUUCAAUGGGUCUGCUUUGAGUAAGACUAGCACUGGAUACAUUACUGUUUAAAAAAUUAUGAAAUUUGGAGGGAGAGACAAAAAAAAAAGGCAACUUUUGGUAUCACAAUGGGGUGUGAGAGCAAUACGUGUGUGUGUGUGUGUGUGUGUGUGUGUAUGAAUGAAAUACGUAGAAAUUAAAUGGACAAAUUUGGAGGGUCAUGAAGGUCCACUAAAAACUUUUUAACGGGAUCUGUGGGAGCAACAAUAAUUUUUACAAUUUUUUUUUCUAUAAAAAGUAACCAUUUGGGGAGCUGGAUGUGACCUCUCUUUGACCUAAAGUUUGCUGAAAGUAGGAUGCUUCAUACAAUUUUGGAGUUCUUUUCUGUGUCUCGCCCCUCCUUCCCAAGGUCUUUCCUAUAUCCCAGAGCUGCAUCUGCUGAAAUGUGCUUUUUUACACAACAAAGGUAUUAAGAGCCUUGUCCUCUUUUUCACCUGGGCCAACUAAUUCUACUAGCUUAAAUAGGCAGCCUCCAGUGUGAGGUAUAGUUCCUAACUGGUAUAUGUGAGGAGUGGUUUCACAGUGCUUCCAAAAGAUACAGAGGCUCAUGUUCAGGCAAGUCUCUAGGGAAAGGGAGUUCCCCACUGAGACAGCUGCUGAGAAUACGAUUUAUUGUCUGAACUUGGCAGAAGCGUGAUAGAUGCAAGAUAGUACUUGGUUGAUCUUACAGAUCAUAACUGUAGCCCUGUUCGCACAUCUAUGUCCUGAUAAUUCCUGAUAAUGCAUAAGCCUGGGGUUCCUGAAUUGUGGUGGUCCACAAACUUCAUGCAGGUGGCUUGCAGUAUACCCACGUUAAAUAUUCAUUGUGAUGUUUAACUCCAUUUUAUUGCUUCAUUUAUUUUUUUAUAUUGCAUGUUCUUGAGUAACAAUUCAAAUUAUAUGGAAGUGCAAAUAGUGAAUACAAGAAAUAAAAGCAACAAUAAAAGGACAAUAAAAAUCAGACAGCAUCACGCAUUACAAUUGCUACAACAAACAGAAAAACCACUUAGUGGGGUCCGGCAAGACCAUCAGCAAUUUUCAAGUGGGGGGAGGGGACUUUGGGAGAGGACCACUGAAAUAGGAUAUUCAUGUGAAAAAGAGGGCAGAACUGCUUUAAUGCAUUGCGCACAAUGCCUACUGAUAGGCUUUCUUGUACGCAACUAUUAAAGAGCAGAGUUCUUGCCCCCCCCUUUUUCAUCCAGUCCCCCUAAUCAUGGUCUUGGGCAGUGUCUUUUUUCUAGGAAAAAUAGGUACCAGUAAUCACCAGGUUCAUGGCAAUCUACAUGGGCAUAGCUGGGGGGGGGGGUAGCUGCCCCCCCCAAUCAAGUAAAUAAAAAAAAUAAUUAACUGACCAAUUACCUCACAGAGAACUCGGUCCUGCCCCCCUAACAUAAAUCCUGCCCCCCUAAAAUAAAUCCUGGCUACAUCCAUGGUGAUCUGCCACUCUUUUCACAGGUGUUAUCGCGGGACCUCCCGAAAUGUCCACUGUCUGAUGAGCCAGCAAGCCAGCUGCCUGCCCUCUCCCAUCCCCUCAAAGCUCUGAUCUUGUGUCAUAGCUCCUCAAAACGUAAUGUUCACACUUUCCCACUGUGAAGAAUGGUCAAGUCAUCAAUCUACCUCCCUGGCCAACAACUCAUUUUAGCAGGUUCCUUUUUGAAUUAAGCAAAGCUGAAGGACCAACAAAGGAUGGCUGCAUCUGGCCUAGAAGGUCACAUCCCAUUCCCCUAUCACGGAGCUAUCCAAGGAAUCACUGAAGACAGAAUGCUUCAACAGGUGAAGCAAUUCUCCAUCAUGCCAGGGAGCACUUCACCUGUUACUUUUCAGUCUGUCAUGCAUGAGUCCUGCUAGGAAAAAACAGAGGUACAAUUCCCAGAGUCCCCCUGGGAAGUGGGAGUGAUUGUUAAACCACUUUGGGAAUUGUAGCUCUGUGAGGGAAAUAGGGUCUCCUAAUAACUCUCAUCACCCUUAACAAAACUAGUUCCCAGGAUUAUUUGGGUAAAGCUAUGACGCGGGUGGCGCUAAAGGGACGCAGGUGGCGCUGUGGUCUAAACCACAGAGCCUAGGCCUUGCUGAUCAGAAGGUUGGCGGUUCGAAUCCCCACGAUAGGGUGAGCUCUUGUUGCUCGGUCCCUGCUCCUGCCAACCUAGCAGUUUGAAAGCACGUCAAAGUGCAAGUAGAUAAAUAGGUACUGCUCCGGCGGGAAGGUAAAUGGCAUUUCCGUGCGCUGCUCUGGUUCACCAGAAGCGGCUUAGUCAUGCUGGCCAUGCUGGUCUGCGGACAAAUGCCGGUUCCUUGGCCUAUAGAGCGAGAUGAGCGCUGCAACCCCAAAGUCGUCCGCAACUGGACCUAACGGUCAAGGGUACCUUUACCUUUAUGAUUGUUAAACCGGUACAGUAAUAAUUUACAUAUAUGUUUUGGUUAUGGCCAUAGUUACUCCAGAUUUAACCGCCUUUCAUCAAGGUUAUGGCUCAUCCCCAGAUACCUUUUUAUUGACCUCACAAUCAGGGUGAUAGAAAGAUUGGAGUUUUAGCCCAUUGAUCCCCAUACAGGUUGACUGCUGCAUAAUAAGAUCACACCCUUGAACUCUGCAUUAUGAUGCCAUGUUAUUGUGCCAUACAUAGUUCUCUCCAUCAGCCUGGCUGGGACCAACUGCCAUUUGACUCCUCCCUUCCCAGAACUGUCUUUGCCACUGGGGCCAUUAUGUAACAAUUUACGCAUUUAUUUAUUUACUGUACUUUACUUGUUUAACCUACUGUCUUUCUGCUGGUGCCCUUCAGGUGGUCUGUCAUUCAAAAUAAUGACAUACAAUCUAAUAGAUGGGAUUCAAAAAGAAAAAGGGUCAGGAGGGAAGAGGAUAAUAAGCAAAUUCAGGUACCAACUCUUCUUCUUACUUAUUUUCCUCUUCCCAUCUCUUUUAUUCUAGGUCUAACAGAUUUUCCACCAUUAUGGCAGAUCAUUCAUUCUGCUCUCGGCACAGUGUUUUGGGGUGUUUGAAGGGGGCAAUACUAAAUAGCCUCCUCCUAACUUCUGAUAAAAUGUCUCUACAGCAUGAAUUGAAACAGGAGUAAAAAACGAACUUGUUUUCAAGGAGUAAAUUUAUCUGUGUUGAUUCAUGUAAUGGCAUACUGUACUGGUUUUAAAAUCAAGCUUCAAUGAGGUUUGAGUGCCAGAUGGAGAUUGCUGUAAAUGGUUUUAAACGCCAUAAAAUCCCUAGACUUGGUUCAAGUCUCCUUCAGAUUAAAUAAUCCAGACUAUAAGGGGUUCGAAGCUUUGUGAAAUAGUCCCAAUUUAUGUAUAGCACCAUCUAUCUCUGUACUCUGUCUCUGCACAGAGAACAAGUCCCUGCCCCUAGCGGCUUACAAAUAAAAACUGAUACAGGUUAGGGAACAGAGGAAGGAGAUGAAAAUGAAGGCUGUAGUUAAAAUUGUAGGAAUUUUUUUUUCAAGUUUUCAUGUAUUUAGGCUUAAACUCCCUAAGAAAGAAGGCCUCAUUAGCGAAUACAGUUGGUUCUUACUUCUGAGACUGGAUUGCAGAUAAAAGUGGGCCUGGAGAUGAAGGGUCCUUCAGAGAAGGCGGAUGUUUCCUAAUCUGUCCAGACAUGAUUUAGGUCAGGCAUAGGCAAACUUCAGAUAUUUUGGGACUACAACUCCCACCAUCCCUAGCUAACAGGACCAGUGGUCAGGGAUGAUGGCAGUUGUAGUCCCAAAUCAUCUGGAGGGCCAAGUUUGCCUAUGCCUGAUUUCUGCACUUAAUUCCGUUUUAGGGUCACUAUACUCCGUGUGAGCUCCCCUCAUCCACAUCCAGAAUAGAGAAAGGCAUCCUUUUUUCCCAAUUUCUUUUCUUCUCGCGCUUCAUUAUCAUGUGGCCUUUUAACAUAUCAUCACCCUUCUGUCGCCCUCGUCAUAUUAUUUUUAUUAUUAUGUAUGACAGUCAUGCCAUGACCCGGCUGUCGUCGCCCGCUUCUGCUGUUUUGUGCGGCGAGCGGUCGGCGCGAGCCUCUCAGGCGCAGAUUCCCCUCAGCGGGGACAAGGCCGCACGCCGCCUCCGCUGCCGCCUUGACCUCAACCGCCACGUUUCCCCGUCUUGGCGAGGCGGAGCCGCCUCAGCUCGGGCCCGCCCGCCGCUCCACCCGAAGGCGGAGCUUCUCCGCUUCGCCCGCCCGCCGCUUUCUCUUGUCCUCGUAGCCGGGUUACAUGGCAAGUAGCCGCGGCGGGAGCAGGGCUUCUGUCGCUGGCGCCGAGACCCUUCCGCCAAGGCCCGGCGGCGGAGCUCCGAGGCUUCUCUCUCCUUUCUCCAUGAGCCUGGGCAGCGCCGUGAGUUGCGGGAAAGCGGCGGGCGGUGGGUCCGGCAUGGGAGGCGGAGACGGAGGGCCGAGAGCAGCGGCGAGGCUCGGGCCGCAGUGCGAGCGCGAGUCUCGCUCCUGCCGCCACUGCACAAAGGCGCUUUGUUCUGGCGCCUCUCGCGCGCCCUGCCGGGGCCUCUGCCCGGCGGGGGAAGCCCGGCCAGGCCUUCCGCAGUGCGGCGGAGCCUCGCCGGCGCUCCGUGCCCGAGGAGGACCGGAGGGUUGAGGAGUGGAGGGUGGGAAAGCGAGAAGAGAAACCCUGGGGCCGCUUUGUGGCGGCGGCCCUUCCCGCCUCUGAGAAGCGAGGUGGAGGAGGAGGAGGAGGAGGCUUCGGGGAAAGGGCAAAAGCCCGCCGUCUCCCGUUUCCUCGCCCCAAGCCCGGGACAAUGGAGGCCGGCGAGGGGAGACGUGCUUCGGGGGCGGCGGGCGGUCCCGCGUGGCGGCCAUUCCCGCCGCCCCCACGAGGCCUCUCUUAGCACCCCGAUCCCAGGCAGGCGUUUGUUUUUGUUACUCGCGGGGAAGCCCCACUGAGUUCGGCGGGACUUUCUCCCCCGUGAGGAGGCGAAGGCCGGGUGGCAUUUAGCCAGGGGCCCUUUCGCACCCGUGUCCGAGUAGACCCCCGCAAAGGGGCCGCUCUCUUCUCCUUGGAUCCGUGAUCAUAACCCUCCAGCGUGGGUUUAACCCGCGAACGGAGCUAGCUUCCGUGUAAAAAAAAGCCGCAUAGGGUUGCGUUGUGAAAGCUGGCGACCCUGGGCAUGCUUUGCUUGGGAAUGGGCGAGGCUUACUUCCGAGUAAACACGCAGAGGGCUGCCUGGCCGACCUUUUUUUGUUUGUUUUUAAAGUGGACAGAAAAGGGGUUUUCUGAUCACCACGAGGGCGGAUCAGUGACGCGCUCGCGGAUUUCUUCAUCUCUGGAGUGGGAAGGAUGCGUUAGGCGGGUGUCGCCUGACGUGGAAAUCUCCGUUGCGAAACAAAUUUUUCUGCCCAAAAGGGGCCUGUCCCCGUCUGCUCUUUUCCCCCUUCCCCCAUGUGGCCACCAGGCACUGCGGCACUUGCGGCUUCCCUCUCGCCCUUAGGACACUCUUCAUUGAUUUCCCGGCCUCCAUUCUCCUGCUCUGCGCCUUUAAAAGCAACUGCUGCAGUGUUUCUUUUCAUCCAGAGGAACUAGAGAACCCGACUGCCCCCUUUCCCUUUUAUCUUAUGGGCACUUGCCUCCUCUAUUUAAAAACUGCCCCAGGAAAGCAGCAACUUGUGGUGUGAAAAGCAGUUGCGGUAUAAUAACGACAGAGGUUUUAAGGGGGGCCCUGCGGUUGAAUGGAACUGUGGAUUUUUCCCCAGAACCUUUUCUCUUUCUCUCGUUCCCCCCCAUCACCCCUUUCCCUUUGUGGCAACUGAAAGACAUCUGAAGGUAGAUUUUUCUGUGACAGUGGCAUCCAAGAUCUUGUUUAAAGUAUCAGGCCCACCCAACUAGUAGAGGGUUUAAUAAUAGUUGUGUGUAACAGUGACAUGGAGGAGGAAAAUAUCCAUUGUGGCAAAGAGGCUGUGGCAGAAGGAUUGUUAGGAGACAAAAUAAUUGCAGGCAAGUGAACUUUUUUUACCAGUGGUUUUCCAGGAUUGCUACAUGCAGAAGCUGUUCUGGUUCCCUGUCUCUUAUUGGGAGGGCCCAGGAUCACUUUCCAGUUUGUGUGGUUCAGUCAGAAGGAGCCCUGUAUAUAGCUUUUCUCUAGAAAGCACAUAGAGGCAUGAGAUUAGGUCCUACUAAGCUCUAUUGGAAGUCUCUUUUUGAAGAAAAUUAUAUUCUUUAAUUUACAAGUAACUGCAGGAUACUGUUAUGCAUUUUUACUCAGAAGUAUGUCCCAGCAAUGGAACUUAGAAGCAUGCGCAAAGGAUUGUAGGCUAAAUGAAAGAAAAUGAGCCUGCAUUGGGCCAUACCAGAGGGGCCCAUAAUCUCAGAUUAACUAUUGAAACUUCAUGGUGAUAGUGCUGAAGGCAGUUUGGGGUGGCUAAAAUUACUUGCCUUUAAUCCAGGUUAAUUACUUAAUUAUUUUCUAGCAUAGAAAAUGAAAAGGUAGUGGGUUAUAUCAACAUUCAAGCAGAAGUAGUAAUUUCUAUUAUGUGCUACCAUCUACUUUUUGUGAACUGUCUUAUUUGCUGGUUGGUGGGGGUCUUUCCCCUCAGCAGUUCAUUCUUGUAAAAACAGCAAUAACUUUGGGAAGCAAAUCAAGACAAGGAUUAAACAGUAUACAAUUUUUAAAGGAGUGGUUUAUUUAAUGAUGUGAAUUAUUGAUCCCUUGUUUCUGGUGAGAAAGUGCUGUGUCUUAAUAUAUUCAUUUUGAGCAUAUGUAAGUUAACAAUUUCGGAAUGUGUGGAGACUCGGUGGGAGGUUUGAGGAAAAAGAGCUGCAGUUUCAUGAGUUCUUAUGAUGACUCACUCCCUACAGUGUGCAACGUGGCUGAGAUAAAAAAGAAUCCACAUAAGCACUUGUAUAGUUACAUAUAUGGAGAUUGGACUUCUAUCCCCUUGUAUAACAGCUUUCUUUUAACACUUGCAGAUUCUUACUUGUAAUAAAAAUAGGAGUUGCUAUUAUGACCUGAUCAUCAGUGAGUUGUGUAACUGUCAUUACAAAAUGCUAGCCUUACUAGCAGCUCUUAUUGUGAAAUUGACAAAAAAUAGUGUAAUGCACAAUGGUGAUCAGUGGAAUGCAAUAUUCCUUGUAAAGGUAGGCUAGUAUAUUCUUUUUUAAUGGGUAUCUGUUUGAAAGGGUUAUGUUGCCAACAGUAUUGAGGUAGCAGUCUCCGUGCAUGUGUUGCCACUAACAGAAAAUCUAUAUUCAGAACCUAAAUAACUGUACAUUAUUUUCUAUGUAACUCAUAGUUCUCUGGUAAACCAGGAACACUGUUGUGGGGCUGGUAGUUGGGUUCUGCAUAAUAUUCCUAUUAUUCUAAAAAAGCCCAGCUAAGUAAUUUUUGCUCCUUGAAUACAAUAAGGUACGAUUACAGUGACCCGGGGGAAAAGACUCACUUGCCUUUUCUUUCUGUUUCAAUCAUGACAUCGUGUAAAAUUAUUUUUCCUUCAACACUUAUUGCACUACAGAUGUUUUGUUGAGGGCCAGCUAGAUGUGGAAUAGAAGAUUCUAAUUCAGCUUCUAAUUCUUGGCUUGGUGGUAAAACUUUCUGGGUGGCCCUUAAGCAAGUUAGUUUUUCAGCCUAUUGUGCCUCUAAAGGUUAUUGUAGGUGUAAAUGAGGUGAAAAUGGCAAAGCCCUACAGAAAUGAUUAAUACUCUUACUUCCUGUAGAGUACUCUCCCCUCCCCUGUCAUUUCAAGGAAGGCAGCUGUGACUGAUCCUAAAACUUAGGGCUGAUACUGAUGUGUCAUAAGAAGCUCUUGGCAAUUUUGAAUAUUUGCAUGUGGAAGAUCCAGAAAGCUACUUUGAAUAUUUCAUUAUUAUUAUUAUUAUUAUUGGUACUAAUAAUAUGAAUGGGCAGAAAAGUGUGCCUAAUGAGUUAAUUUUAAUAGCAUCCCUUUCUGUUUGAAGCAUGCAACUGUGACUCAGAAGUGCCAUUUUGAUUUUCUGCCCUGUGGUCUUCUGACAAAGCACCAUUCUGUAUUUAAUAGUUUAAAUUUCAGCCACGACUUGAAAGAUGACGAGCUCUAAGAUUGUAGCCAUAAUUGCUUAACUGCUAUGGGAAGCUGGGUGAAAAAAUGCAGAAAAGCUGAGAACUGAAGCCUUAAGUUGUCACAAGCCUAAACCAAAUGAAUCACGGGUAGUUCUACAGAACUACAAGCCAAUAUCUUGCUGGGCUCCUUUGGUUUUUCUGUUGGAUUAUCUGCAUAGCAAUGGAAACAGGAAUCAAGUUGUUUGUAAGCUAAGGACAUGUUUCAUCUUUAUUAUGAAAAAAUUGUAGCAAAUAUUACCUUUCCUUCCAACACUGAGUGAUCAGUUUUACUCUUGGUGAUAGUUUGAACAAAUUCUCAUGCUAGAAGCUACAAACUGUUGAGAGACAGUUUCUCUUGUGUUGCCAAAAACAGUUUCAGCAUUUCACUCUUGAGAUAAUUAAACAUUUCUUUAAGUCUGCUAUCCUCAGAUGUAUUUCUUCAAAGUACAGUCAUACCUCGGGUUAAAUAUGCUUCAGGUUGAGCGUUUUCAAGUUAUGCUGCGUGGCGACAAGGAAGUAACGGAGCACGUUACUUCCGGGUUUCGCCGCAUGCGCAGACACUCAAAAUGACGUCACAUGCAUACGCGGAAGCAGCGAAUCGCAACCCGCGCACAUGCAGACGUGCAGUCGUGGGUUGUGUUCUACUCAGGAUGCGAAUGGAGCUCCGGAACGGAUCCCGUUCGCAUCCAGAGGUACCACUGUAAUUUUGUAGGCCUCAAAUGGAUGUCAGUGAGAGCAUUUCAAAAUACAGUGGUGCCUCACAAGACGAAAUUAAUCCGUUCCGCGAGUCUCUUCGACUUGCGGUUUUUUCGUCUUGCGAAGCAUGGCUAUUAGCGGCUCUUAGCGGCUAUUAACGGCUUAGCGGCUUUAAGAAAAAGGAAACAAACUCGCAAGCCCAUAGGGAAAUUCGUCUUGCGGAACAACUCAAAAAACGCAAAACCCUUUCGUCUAGCGAGUUUUUCGUCUUGCGAGGCAUUCAUCUUGCGGGGCACCACUGUAUGUACUUUGUGGACUGUAGCUGGAUGCAAAAACUCUGGACAUAAAGAGAAAUAGGCACCUACUUGAUAAUACUGAAACACAAUUUAAAGAUUUCCAAAAUAAUAUCAUUUCUAUAUGAAGUGAUUUCACUGGUUGAAGUAACAAUCAUCAAGCUAGGUUGUGAGAAGCUGUGUGUCUAACCUAAAAGGUUGAUAUACCUUAAAGUAGGGCAGCCUUACUGCCCCCAAGAGGUUGCUGUGGCCCCUCAAAUUUAUCACUAAAAAAAAAGAUGUUUAAAACUGGUACUUUUGGUGUCCCACUGUGAUGUCACAAUGCCAAAAAAAAAACCUUUGUAGCCCCAUAUUUUUUUAAAAAAAUAUGUUAACUUUUAAAAAUAUUUUUGGUUUUUUUACUGGCUAUUCCCAUAGGUUCCCAGCUGUGAUGCUGUGGUGUUAAUUUUUGUGUGGCCUCCCCCCACCCCAACUUCCAAAAUAUGACCAUUUUUACACUUUGGCCAUGCACACUUCAACAUACACAGAGGGUUGACCAUGGGUCAUUCUGGUCCUCAGCUCAAGGACAUUUAGUCACCCCUGGCUUAAAGGGUGAACUUAUUUGUGUAAGAGAAUAGUGGGGGGAGGGGUUAAUAUUUCACUCAAGCAUAACCCACUUAGUUUUAAAUUUAGUAAAAUAAAUAAAAGUUCUUUCUAGCCACAGCAAUACUUCCAAGUAAUAUGGCCUCUUCACAUAACAUAGCUUAUAGUUACUGUACUUUAUCUCAAUGUUCAUAUUUCCUGCAAGCUUCUGCCACCAUAUAGCAGCACUAUAAAUAUCAUAAACCGUGUAAAAUUUGCUCCAUUCUAGGGUGAGACCACAUAGAUGUUUUAACCAAGAUUCUAUAUUUUAUGUUGGAUACAUCAUAAAGCAUAUGGAUACAUAACUUAAUGAAUCAACAGCAAAUUGAAGAAUUUGAAUUUUUUUGCUUCUUGUAUCCCAUGUUUAGUUUUUCAGAUUUAUUUCCAGACUUUAUCUUCAAGUAUGAAAUGCUCCUCCCUUCCAUAGAGGCGCAAGUUUCCUUUUAAGUUUCCUUUAAGUACAUGCACCACUUUGGUAGUUCAAUAGCUUUUCUUAAACUUCCCUUUCAAAAACACACACCAGUGAGCUGAAGCCUCAACUCUAAGCUCUUACCAGAUACAGUGGUACCUCCGGUUGUGGAAGGGGACCGUUCUGGAGCUCCGGUUGGAUCCCGAGGUUUUCACAACCAGAGGUGCUUGUUCUGCGCAAUAGAGCGCUUCUGUGCAUGCGCACAUGACGAAACCCAGAAAAAUACUUCCGGGUUUGUCGUGUGCGUAUCCCGAAGGAUACAUAACGAGAGGUGCGCGUAAGUAGAGAUACCACUGUAGUUGAAUAUCAACUUGCUUGUAAAGAAGAAAUUUGAGAACUGUACCAACUAAGAGCCUCUCUUUAUUGUGUGGGGUGGAGAAUUCUUGAUGAACCAGAAGCAACUUGUUCAUAAGGAGAUGAGCCUUGCUUCUGGUUUCUCCAGUAGAUCAAAAGAUUCAUAAUGCCUAGUUCUGCCCCUGUAUUUUACAUUCUGGUGCACAGCAAGCAAUUAUGAAAGAGUGCACUGUUAAACACUCUUUGUUUGAAAAGCAUGUAUGGUUUGGGAGUGCUGAUAUAUGGCUUUUCUUUUUCUUUUUUUUCUUCAGGUUUUCACAGAACAAGAUGGAUGGUAGCUUUGAUUGUGAUUGUGGUGAGCUGGAGCCACCUGAUCAUUAACUAACAGCCUCUUUUGUAAGCUGCCUCUUCCUUGACGAACUAAACAAAAGAAAAGAAGAAAGGAAGAGGAGAGAAAAGUGCUUAUUUAACACCAUAGAAUGAAGCUGCUCAGGACCAGUCCAACACUGAAUGUAUCUGCACUGUGAGGAGGAUGUUAAUAGAAGCCUAUUACGUGCAUAUUUAUUCACAUUUUCGUUAAAUGCAGUUUAGCACAGUAGAGUGGAGUCUAUAGUAUGUCACUUCAUUCCGUUUGAUUUCCUUGUAUUUCCUUUUAAUGUCUGCGGAUAUGCUGCACCUUCCUUGAACUAUGAAUGCUGCAACCUCUCUAUCUUUGCUCAAGUUCUAAUUAUAACGGGGAUACAACGGGCCUGACUGGCAAUGCAAUGAGAGUGUCAGAAAACUAUCGUGCAUUCAACCUGAAAUUUUUCUUCUCCUUUUCUGCAAGACCCUUCAUAUACCAGUGGAAGCAUCUGUACAUGUUUGCAGAAGCUUAGUAGUUUUAAAAGGAAAAAAACAACACAAAAGAAUUUCAACAUAAUGGCAGAGAAGUUUGAAAGCCUAAUGAACAUUCAUGGUUUUGAUGUAGGUUCUCGGUAUAUGGACUUGAAACCUCUGGGCUGUGGUGGCAAUGGCUUAGUUUUUUCUGCUGUCGAUAAUGACUGUGACAAACGAGUGGCUGUCAAGAAAAUUGUGCUUACAGAUCCUCAGAGCGUUAAACAUGCUCUGCGUGAGAUCAAAAUUAUUAGAAGACUUGACCAUGAUAACAUUGUCAAGGUGUUUGAAAUCCUUGGUCCCAACGGAAGUCAACUGACAGAUGAUGUAGGCUCUCUUACAGAACUGAACUGUGUUUACAUUGUUCAAGAAUACAUGGAGACAGAUCUGGCUAACCUGCUAGAGCAGGGGCCAUUACUGGAAGAACAUGCCAGACUCUUCAUGUACCAGCUGCUACGUGGGCUCAAAUAUAUUCACUCUGCAAACGUUCUGCACAGAGAUCUCAAGCCAGCUAACCUGUUCAUUAAUACUGAAGAUUUGGUGCUGAAAAUUGGUGACUUUGGCCUUGCACGGAUCAUGGAUCCUCAUUAUUCUCACAAGGUACGUAAAGAUGGGCAAUACAAUACAGGCAUAAAUAAGAAACAAAAGAUCCAUCAGAAUAAAACCAAAGUAAAAGCCAGCAACACCUUGGUGGUGCCAAAGAUCUACAAAUUUCCUACAAAGGAGCUGCUUGGAGAUGUUUACAAAGGGCUUUCAAACCUCUCCAUGCUGCUCUUUGACCUUCCAGAGUUGAGAGGUGAAAAUGAAAUCACCCCAAAUAUGUUCCCCUGAGCUGCUUGGAGGAAGGGCAGGCUACAAAUGUGAUAAAUCAAAUGCAAGUAAAAUUUCUCUUUCUGUAGGGCCAUCUUUCCGAAGGAUUGGUUACUAAAUGGUACAGAUCACCUCGCCUCUUGCUAUCGCCCAACAACUAUACUAAAGCCAUUGAUAUGUGGGCUGCAGGUUGCAUCUUUGCUGAAAUGCUCACAGGAAAAACUCUCUUUGCAGGUUGGUGGAGAAGGAUGGGUGCAAACCUGUCAUCUUAAGUAUAAGACCUCUGUGCGUUAUAUUGAUGUAGCCAGUAAAACUUCAGUGUGGAAAAGCAAAGAGCUUAUUGGAGUGAAAGUGGCCAACGCUUUUAAUCCAUUCAUGAAUGUUAGUGCCUAGAGGUGUGACAUAUUAACAGCUGUUUUGAAAUCCAUAGCAAUUCCAUCUUGGAACAUUUUAAUAGCAAUUAAGUAUAUAUCGAGAUGACCAAUAGGUUAGUUGGUACCUGUUUGAUACUACAGAUUGAGAAAUGUACAGAAAAUGAUGCAGAUCUUUUUCAUGAUUUCAUGUAUUGUUUGAACUAAUGACUGACAAGGAAAAUGUUGGAAAGGAAUGGGGUGUUACAGGGUGGUGUUUCUGUUUGCUUUGGGGGCAUUGUAAUUUGGAAAAUGAUAACUCACCACUAAGGUAGAGGAACCUGUUUUUAAGUCAGGAGCUAAACCUAAUGGCCAACUAGAGUCUGUAACUAAUUAAUGGCAGGAAGAGGUAACUUUGAUAGCUUUUUCUGGAGUUUGCAUGGGAAACGUCUAUUAACUCUUUCUAAGGGUGGGAAAUGAGAGUCCUGUAAGUAGAGGCUGCAACAAAAUGUUCCAGUUUGGGGUGUUGCUGUUCAGGAUUCCAGGCAUUCCACUGCUUCUUGCCCCCAAGUCAGUCAACUAUAGUUCUGUGGCGACUGAGCAUGUUCAGCCCCCAUUGGGCUGUUUCUGGGGAUCUUGCCCACCUACUUAAGCCUCCCCCCCCCAAUGUAUGUUGUACUACUUCUAUACUUGGUAUUCUUCUAUGCCUGUGAUGUGUGUGGGUACUGCUACUUUGACUACCUAACUAACUACACUCUCCCUCUGAAGCCUGGGUACAUAGAGGGAACGAUUAUGGCAUUAUAAGGAAUUUCUUAGCUGUGUUGAUGAAUAAAUGGGUGUCUGGAACAGGACUGAUGUGCUUUUUGCCUUCACAUUUAGGUGCCCAUGAACUUGAACAGAUGCAGCUGAUUUUAGAAUCAAUUCCUGUUGUGCACGAGGAAGAUCGUCAGGAACUUCUUAGCGUAAUCCCAGUUUACAUUAAAAAUGAUAUGACUGAGCCACACAAACCUUUAACUCAGCUCCUCCCAGGCAUUAGCCCUGAAGGUAAUUUGGCUUCUUCUUUCCUCUCCCCCUUCUUUUUGUCAUCAGAGAGCUGGUUUGGCAAGAGCGGCAUCUACAUUUCAGGCUGUUAGUGCAUGCCAUGAACACUGCCUUCCACACAUGUUGGGGGCAAGACAAUCUCCGGUGAAUUGUGGAUUGAGUUGUUUUUGUGUGUGUCUUAUUAUACCAGUUCCUGAGUCCUCUUGGGAAAGGGUUGUGUUCUGUGGGAAUAUCAUUUUUCCCCUUGAGCUGUCUGAUUUGCUGAGUUAAACAGAAACUCAGUAUUCCGUGGAGAAUCAGACCAGGCAGUGCAAGGCUGAGAGCUUAGUCCCCUAGUGAAUUGUGCUGGUUGGGAAAAAAUGUAUAAUCAUGGUAGGUAGUAGAAACAGUUGAUGGCUGCUACUGGGGACACUAUGUAUUUUGUCCAAACAAGUCCACAAAAGUGUAUAAUCCUAAGAAGCUUUUCUUGUGUUCCCUCAUGGGGAAGUACUAGUGAUUUGUGCCCUAAAAGAGACAAAAGAGCUGUCCUUCAUAAAGUUUACCUGUGUAGCUGCUAGGAUGUAACUCUUUGUUCUCAUACUGAACCAGGUGCAAGUAGCUACAGUAUUUACAAGCCUGGCAUAUUUACACCCACCCCACUUCUUUCUGUUGUCUCUAUCAGAUUCAUUGCUGCUUGUAGAAGUGAGCUAAAAACACUACAGUGCUUUCUUUUUGCAAUUGUACAAAUCAUAUAGUCUUCUACAAGCAGCAAAAUGGAGCAAAUGAGGUUCCACAAUGAGGGAAAGGCAGCAAAAAAUGAGAAAAAACCCUUGCCUCUGCAUAGUACUGGCACUCUAAUCAUUUUUUCUGGCUACUAAAUAUUUGUUUCUAGUGCUCAGAAAAUUGAAAUAAUUAAGACCUGUCCACAAAUAAUGUAAGCAUUGCUUUUGCAUUUCAUACUUUGUCUUACUAGAGAAUGACUAAAAAACAAACAAACAGCCAGCUAUUCAUUUUGCCCUCUUUAGCACUGGACUUCCUGGAACAAAUACUGACGUUUAGUCCCAUGGAUCGAUUGACAGCAGAAGAAGCUUUGUCCCAUCCUUAUAUGAGUAUUUACUCCUUUCCAACUGAUGAGCCCAUUUCAAGCCAUCCUUUCCACAUUGAGGAUGAGGUGGACGAUAUUCUGCUCAUGGACGAAAGUCACAGCCACAUCUAUAAUUGGGAAAGGUAAACAGCUUCACAAUCAUUUUGUUUGCAUGUUGCAACUGUGCCUGAAACACCAGCUGGUUUCUUCUUUUAACAGUGAUGGAAUGCUCUAAGGUGGGAGAAGCAUUUCUAUGAUGAGGAGGAAAAGGAUCUUGGAGCAUAAAUUCUUCUCAUCCGCCCCCCCCCCCGCCCCCAUAAAUUAGAUUAGAAUUUUCUCCGUUCUAAUUAUUAUAAUUAAUUGCUACCAUUUGCAUGGUGUCCCAAACCACUUACCCCAUUAGCUUCAGCUGACCAGCUAAGGGGAUAAAAGUCCAUGUGCACUGGGUGUUCUGUAGCUAGUUUUGCAACAGAAUGAUGAGCAGCAUCUUGUACAUUCCAAUGCAAAAUAUGUAUUGGGAAAAUAAUGUGACUUUCCAGAAUAGUGGCAUCUUUGUUAAUGUACUUCCCCAAAUACAUUGAUUUCCAUUUUAUAACCAAGAUGUGAAUACCCCAAUGGGGAGGAAACCUUGCUGUGAGCAUUUAGUAAAAUUAACAUUGUACUCACUGAAGCAUCACAAAUUCCUUAUCAUAAGAGUUUGCACUUUAUAACUCUGAUUGAUGACACCAGCCCAUAUUUGGAACCAUUAUCUAAAUGUGUAAUUUUGAAACAGUUCUCAAACUGUUGCAGUUUCAGGUUAAAGCUAAAUGCAGCAGUUAAAACAAAAAAAACCAUUUUUUUGGAGAUGAUUGUUGGGAGUCAAGGUUCCUCUUCUCCCUUCUGCUAAGAAAUCUGCAACUGAAAUAGGACACUGAAAUGUUAACAUCACCUUAAAUGAAGAUGCAAUCCUUUCGUAAAUUGUAUGCUAAGGAAUGAGUUCUGCUGUCACUGAGAAAAGCUUCAAAAUUAAAGCUUUCUGAAGAGUGUGGAAAGUUGCCAGUUGACUUGCCAUACCAUUGAGUCUAAAAUGAGUGGCUAUUCAUAGUUUUCAUUGCUGUUAUCUGUCUUGACUCUUCUGCACUAUGUAAGCAAGUGGAUGCCUGUAAUUUACUAACAUCAGCCGUUAAUAUUACAGAUAUCAUGACAGUCAAUUUUCAGACCAUGACUGGCCUAGUCAUAACAAUUUUGAAGUUGAUGAAGUUCAGCGUGAUCCAAAGGCUCUUUCUGAUGGGACUGAUGAGGAAGAAGUACAAGUAGACCCUCGCAAAUAUUUGGAUGGCGAUCGUGAAAAGUAUCUAGAGGAUCCAGCGUUUGAUACCCACUUUUCCACUGAGCCUUGCUGGCAGUAUCCAGAUCAUCAUGAAAACAAGUACUGUGAUCUGGAAUGUAGCCACACUUGUAAUUACAAAAUGAGGUCCUCUUCAUACCUAGAUAAUCUGGUCUGGAGAGAGAGUGAAGUGAACCAUUACUAUGAGCCCAAGCUUAUCAUAGAUCUUUCCAACUGGAAGGAGCAGAGCAAAGAGAAGUCAGAUAAAAAAGGCAAGUCAAAAUGUGAAAGGAAUGGAUUGGUGAAAGCUCAGAUAGCUCUUGAGGAAGCCUCGCAGCUUGCAGAAAAAGAGAAGGAGAAGAAUCAAGGGUUUGAUUUUGAUUCGUUUAUUGCGGAAACUAUUCAGCUUAGUUUGCAGCACGAGUCAACUGAUAUUGACAAAUUAAAUGACUUGAAUAGCUCAGUGUCCCACCUAGAGUCGAAAGGCAUAUCCAAGUCAGUAAGCAGAGAGAAGCAGGAGAAAGGAAUGGCCAACUUGGCCCAAUUGGAAGCUCUUUACCAAAAUUCAUGGGAUGGGCAGCUCGUAAAUGGUGGGGAGGAAUGUUUCCUCAUAGACCAGUUUUGUUGUGAAGUCAGAAAGGAUGAGCAGAUUGAGAAGGAGAAUCCAUACACCAGUUACCUGGACAGGUUUUUUAGCAAGAAGGAAGAUGCUGAGAUGCUAGAAACUGAGCCAGUAGAAGAUGGGAAGCUUGGGGAGAAAGAAAGAGAGGGGAGCUUUUUAAGCAAUAGUGGGGAAUUUCUCUUUAACAAGCACCUUGAAGCGAUAGGUAUUCCUCAGUUUCACAGCCCCAUUGGGUCACCACUUAAAUCCAUACAGGCCACGCUAACGCCGUCUGCUAUGAAAUCAUCUCCUCAGAUUCCCCACAAAACAUACAGCAGCAUUCUGAAACACCUAAACUAAACGGCAGACAUUUCUUUUUGUAUUCAUGAAAUGUGUGUUCUUUUUUAUUGUAAGUAAUUUUUUUACUUGAAAUCAGAUAAUGUUAACUUUGGUAUGAAUUUCCUUAGUUUUCUGUUUACCAUUGUUUUUACAAUCCAGAAUUACUUUAUUUACAUGACAAUUCUUUUUUUUAAAACUGGCAUGUCAUUUGCACACAAAAGUAAAGAACAGAGCAAAACAAUGCACAUUGCAGGAGGAAACAAGAAUAAAAUGCACUAAACCAAGUAGAAACACUCUUCAGUUUAAACAGUUCAUGCUUUGCAGAGGAAAAAUAAGAAUCUUGCCUUGAAAAUUACACAGUGAGACUAUACAUAUUUGCAUGAAAAUAUCUAUUUUUCCCUGAAACAUUUUCAUUCAUAUGUAUUUUAGAAUUUUUCAUACUGUACACAUUUCUUAGACACAUGAUACCAGCAGCAACUGAAAAAUAAAUGCAGAAUUUGGUACGCAUGUGUUAUCUACCUCAAGGUAACAGCAGUAUGUGGCAAAACAUUAACCACCCAUAGUGCUUUUCAUAAUGCACUUCUAUUUAGCCAACAUUAUUGUAGUAGGUGGUAUGGAGAAAUCAUUCAAUAUUUAUAAAUAUUCUGGUAUGCCUUCUUUAUAGUGGAAAUGUUAAUAUGCAGCGUUUUAUUUAUUUUAGCAAAUUAUAUUUUCUGUCAUGAUAGAAAGUAAAAAAAAAUUGAACUUGCUUUACAGAUAAAGUUCUUGUUAGCACUGUGGUUUAUUGCCUACAUAGCUGAAAUAGAGAUGAAAUAACAUCCCCUUAUUCUGAGGUGAUCCAUAUGAGUUUUUAAAGAGAUUUCUCUUCAAGUAAGGCACUCACUGUGUAUAGGAAUUUGCAAUUUGGAGGUGCUUGAUCUCUCUCUACAAAGAAAUUAGGAAUUGUUUUAUUAUAAAAUGCUCCUAGAAGUCUUAAUUGUGUUAAUUUUUUAAGAACAAUUUUUGUAAUGUUAGUUGUGUGCAUGGAAGCAAUUAAGGUACAACAUUACUGUAGGUUGAAAGUUCUAUAUGGCCAGACAUUUUGUUUUUACUGUAUGUUUUUACUGAAUGAUGCCCUUUGUCUCAUCCCCAAAGCAAGCAUGAGUAUAAUUAGGUUAAAUGUAGCAUGUAGCAUCUCGGUCUUCUGACAGUUUGUUUUGCCUUCUGGGUUUUUGUUGUUUUUGUUUUUGGGAAACUAUGUAUCAUUGGCACCCCUGUUUUAAAGAGAAACAAAUAAAAACAUGGCCAGCAAAAAUUAUUCUUUUGUCUUGACAUGGGAGUGCUUCAGAUAGCCUUGAGUAAUUGCAAGACAUGAGCAUUAAUCAGUUUCAAGCUUGUUCCCAGGUCUAGGAAAUGACAAUUGUAGCGGGGUAAGGAAUUAAAAUGGAAACAUUUUCCCCUUGUGUGUGCUGUUUUUCAUACAAAGCAUUUCAGGCAAAGCAUGCCACAUUUCCAGCAUUGUCUGAAGGAGGAGAACGGUCUGACCUUUCUACUUGUGACUCUUUCUUUCUAAUCUUAAACAAAAAAAAUGACAGUAUAUUCAAAAUUGGGAUAGCUAUGUAAUGCAUAGCCACCUGCAUUGCAAAAACAAAAUAACUGGAGACUUGUUUCAUACAAGUAAAAAGUUAUCCAUCUUGCCAUUACUUCAUCUUUUAUAUUCAACGUGCUUGUGAAGUUGCAUGGAUUUUGCUCCAGAGCAUUGGUGCAGGGAGCGGGUGUCCUCCUACAGCUAUAAUGAAACAGAUUGAUUGAAGGUACAGUGUUGUAAAACCUGUUAACAGUUCCCUAAGGUAUUUAUGUAAUGAUUUUCCUUUCUAGUUUGUGUCUGAUCAAGAGUUAGUAAAAGCAGACGAUUUUUUAUUUUUAUUUCUUUGGGGUCCGUGCUAACACUGUAUUUACUGAUUCGUUCCAGUUAAUGCUAAAGUGCUUGGCCCAUGCCAUGAGAAUGCAUGUGAUAUAUUAUUGGCUUUGGUGUGUAAAGUGUGCAGUUUCCUGGUCCUCGACAUAAGUAGUAAUCAGAAACCACUGGAGUCUGUUUCCCAGUUCUGCUUGGCAUCUGACCAGAAGCUUACAUUUUAAUAAUUCUGAGCAUGAGAAGAAUGUGUGAGAAUAUUCUUCAGCAAGGUUCGGAACAGUAGGCUUUUAGCCAUUUCACACAGUUCCUCUUCUGGUCACUGAAGAGUUCAUUUUUAUGAAGCAGCGUUACUUGGACCUUUGACAUAAUGCUGUUUGGGGAGACAGCAUGCCAUGUCUAACACAAGAUACGGUUUAAGUGCCCUGGUAAACCAAAAUCCAUCCCAAGGGUGUGGUCAGAAAACUACUGGUUUGGCUGACUUCCUGUGGCAAAUGAGCUAAAUACCCUGUGUAUUGCACCCCUAGCAAUAACUUCUUUUCAACAUUAUUCCCGCACCAGCAUAGCAUGCUCACUUUCUCCAUUCUAACUUACUAAGACUUAGAUUUUGCUUGCAAAAGAUGACUGACGUUUCCACCAGUCUCCCUUUCCGCUGAUCAGAGGAAAAAGUGGUAACAGUCUUUUAUACAAACCUUUAAAGCAACUUUGAUGUUACACCAUUUCUGAAAGGUUGAUUGUGUGUUUGCCAGAUCUUUGCUCUGGUGUAAUGAUAACAGCCUUUGUAUAAACCCUCCCGCUCCCUAAAGUAGAAGAUAAAGUUGAGAAUCAUUUAGAGCAGGACUACUCGUAGAACUUACGUAACAGAAUGUAUUCAUUACAAAACAGAUACUGACCUUUCUAUCUCUUGGAGCUGUUGAGAGAAGGAACUUUAGAACAAAGUAACUAGCAUACUUAAUGUCCAUGGAAACAUAAUAUUCUUGAUGCAAUGAAUGCCAUGCAAUCAAUAUGGCUCCUACUAGGAAAUCCUUAUUUUUUUCUUUGUUUUAGAAACAAGACCGGUACAGUAAUGGUAAAAGCCACCUAUGGUGUGCCAUGAAGUGUGCGGUUUGCCCACAAACUUGCAGUUCUCACACAUAAUCCUCACACCCCUUUUCGGAUCUUCUGACAUCGAGACCUGGAUGCGCACAAUUUGGUAGCCCAAGAGUUAACAAGGGCAUCAAACAUAAACAUAAAUUUUCAUGUAGCAAAACAGAAUUGGGAUAUUAAUUAAAUAGAACCAGUAAGCAGCACACUUAACUGCUAAUUUUCAUAGAGUUAAAAACUAAUUAUAUUCUUAAAAGUGCACAUUAAAACUAGGAUGCAAUGCAGUAAGAAUUGGGACAAGAAAUGGGAGAGGAUGUUUGCUAAAUGGAGGGAAGCAGGAGAUCUGGCUGGAGGGGAUAUCAGAAGGAAAACGCUGAUUUUUAUGAAGCUAUAGGAAAGCUUUUGGCUAAGAAUCAGAAGGAAUUAGGUGGGAGGCUUGGGUGCAAUGAUCUGAGUGCUCCAGUUCUGGGUUUGUUUGUUUUUUCAGUGGAUGGUUAUAAGUAGUGGGGGGGAAAGAAUCAAAGAUAUUGGGUAAGAAAGAGAGGGCAGCAGCCAAGGGAAAGAAUUGAUCAUCCCAAGAUAGAGGGAGCUGAUAACACUUGAAAGCAGAAGAGGAACUUGGGAUGGGGGAGAGAUGGGAUAAAGAUUGGCUGAGCCCUAAGGGGACUGGAAUUAAGAAUAAAGGACAAAGGGGCAAAAGGGACCAAGCAAUGAAUGAUAAGAUGCCUGGGAAUGUGGGGUGAGCUGUUUUCAGGGCUUCAGUCAAAAAGCAGGAUGCAAAUCCAGUAGACACAUAAAACGCAUUAUAAUAAUUUUAAAAAAAUUAAAAACAGCAACACACUAAUCUCUAAAGGCAGCUAUCUUUUUUUUUAAAAAAAAAGCCUCUUCCAAUAUGAACUAGUCUGAAAAAUGCCUGCCAUGUGCUUGACAGCACCAAAGAAUUGCUUCAACUGUGUUUUCCUUUGCACUUCACUAAUUAUAGUUUUGGUGUGACCAAAAUCAUAUGAAAAGACUAACAGAUUUAUUAUGACUCACGUGUUGAUUUAAGCGAAGAUUUACGCAGGGUGUGCUUUUGCAAACUGGUACGGCAGCAUUUUCAGAAAUAAUUCGGAAGCAGAUGGGUUUGUUUGCUUAAGUUUUGCUGACGGUCUGUCACUCUCAUUCAGUGACAGUUUGAGUGGAUUUCAGGGCGUCUUAUUUAUUGCCUCCUGAUUUCCUCUCUGCUGUUUGCCAAAAGAUCAAAAUGAGGCAAAAGUCUUCUGUGGAAUUUGCAUUUUGGUCAACCACCCAAGGGAGAGAAGGAGGCUGAGUGGAUGGAAGGGAAUGAGCUGGCAGGCAGGCUCAAAUCUAGGAGGAAAUGUCUCCACUGUGUCAACAAGGGUUUUUGAGGUCUUUAUUAUGUUUAAAACCCAUCUUCUGUCCCCACAUUAGCUCCCAAAGCACUUAAUAUGGGUCGAGGAACCUAUUUUACCCAGAGGGCCAAAUUCCCUUCUGGAAUGCCAAUGGUGGGUGGAGUCAGGGGCAAAGGUGGGUGGAGCAAUGAAUGUAAAUUUUACCUUUGUACAGUAAGCUAGUUUCUGCACACUCUCUCACACACCCCUCUAUCUCCCAUCCAGGUAAUUAAAAAGCACUAUCAGAGUUCAGGCAAAAAAAUACUCAAAAGGGGGUGCAAAUCAUGGCUGGUGGAGAAUGUGGCUUGGGAGGUUUGUGACCUGAGGGAAAUUCCAAAGGCCCAAAAAGAGAAGCCUGGAGGAGCUUCAUUAACUGAGAACCUCAAAAUUUUGGAUCCCUUCCAAGCCGGCUGUUCCAAUCAAACAUGCUACAUUUGCUUGCCCCAGUUACUUAAUUUUUCUGUGUUAUAACCAGAAAUAACCAGAAUAUCAGCUACCCAGUUUGGAGGCUCUAAAAAUGGGGGGUUUGUGCUACAAAGCCCUACAGAAGUUUUAGCACUGGUUUGGAGGGGAUCCACAAUUUUGGGCCUCAUACUUCCUGAAGCUGCCUGGAGGGCUAUGUUGGGCCCCUAGGCCUGAGGUUCCGCAACUCCUGAUCUAAUGUUUAAAGUCCACACAGACGUACACUAUAAUGAGAGAUAUGUUGAUAUGUGCGUGGUAAACCUGGGCAUCUUGUGGUACAGCUGAGCUUGAAGGCUGGGUUUUGUUUUUUAACAAGGCUCACUUGUAUGUUUGGACUGUAUGUGUUACCCUGCCACUGAGUCACCGCAGUCAGCUCUUUCAGGGCUCAAAUUAGGGCGGCUGGAGGAGAGAGAUGCUGGCUCAAAGGACAUUGGUUCCAGGUAGCCUUGAGCUGCGGUGUAGGUGAGUUCAUAAUCUGCUCAUCAGUCCUGAACUCUGGUUCACUUCCAUUACUUGGCUAAGACCACGGGGAAUCAGGAGAUCAUGCCGUGAUGAAACCGGCUGCAUGUGGAAGAGCAGCCGAUCUUGAAAAGCGAAUGACGAGAGAGUAGCCUGAGGCUGGCUGCAGCAGAGAGGUGAAAGAUAACAGCCUUGGGGGGCAUUGGCCUGUAACCGGUGCGUCAAGAUUCAAAACAGGGUCAGGGACAACUGCAGGAUAGAAAUGUACCAAGCACACAACCGCCAUUGUCUUUUAAGGAGGAGAUGCUGGAUGAGGCUGAUGGGAGUUGCUAUCCCACAACAUCUGGAGGGGCACAUAUUCACCACCCCACCCCUAUUCUAAAGUGAAACCUUGGGAGCUUCCCUGUCCCUGUAUGGCGAGAGUGAAAUAGGUCACUGCUUCUAGAGGCUGACCUUUUCGAGAAGUCUCAGGUGGCUGUUCCAAGUGUCACAUCCACAGGUUGAGUCAUCCUUAGAAGUUGCUAAAUAUAUUUCCUUAGUCACAGCAAGCUUUCAGCAUUUGCGGAUCUGCUGGCUGAGCGAGCUCUGCUCCUGCCGCAGGUGAGUGGGAAAAGAUGCUGGGUGUUGCAGACGAAAAAUUAAAAUAGUGUUUAGUGGGGGUGGAAUAGCAGAGCUAUAGCAUAUCCCUUGGAACACAUCCACAUCCAUUAAAAGCACAUUCGGUGCACAUAUAAAACACAUGACUUCCCCCAAAGAAUCCUGGGAAAUCCUGGUUUCCUCCUCACUGAGUUACAAUUCCCAGCAUUCUUCACAAACUAUACAGUUCACAGGAUUCUCUGGGAGAAGUUAUAUGCUUUCAGUGUUUGUUGAAUGUGCUUUAAAUAUGGGGCCUGAAUCUCCUCUGUGACUCCCCCUGUGUGGCUUUGAGUAUAACCCAGCACAGUGAAAUAUAAUCUGAAUAGCUCAGUUCUAAAGGCCUCAGGCCAUUCAUCAGGGACCAGAUUGAUUCAUUGACACUUACAUUGAGUACUCCAUAGCAACUAGGGCGCUCAGGCCUAAGAAUAACAGUGAAUAAUAAGUCAUUGAUUUAUCAUUGCAGCUUAAAUGUCACUUUUAGAAGACACAGGGCUGCACUUCUUAAAAAGAGAGAGAUUUCAAAUUUAUUCAUGUAGGCGUUUCUAAUUUAAGCAACUUUCUCCAAAAUAUACCGUUUCCAACUUUAUGUUGCUGCUCCUUCUUUAUCAUGACCAACCUAUAUUGGGGAAAGGGUGACACACCACAGAUUUAUUCACACACACACACACACACACACACACACACACACACACACACAAAAUCCAGGGUGGGAGGAGAAGCUUUUUACCUUACCGAUGUUGUUAGACUCCAACUUUGGUUCCAUGAUGGAUGGAAGAAAGGCAGGACAGAAAUAUAAGAAAAUAAACAAACCUUCACCAGACCCAGCUGGCAAGGCCAAUGAUCAGGGAUAGUGGAAACCAGGGCCAGCCCACCUAUGAGGCAAGGUGAGGGAGUUGCCUCAGGUGGCAGAUCUCACCAUCUCAUCCUUUGUCACAGUCACCUUCUCUGUGCCUGGUGGCUGCAGGUAAACACAAAGAAGGCGGCUGCAGCCAUAGGUGGACACAGAAGAGGAGGCCACAGCUGUGGGUAACAGCAGAUGAAGGCAGGAAGGGGGGGUGGCAUUUUCUGUUUUGCCUGAAGCAGCAAAACAUCCUGAGCCAAUCCUGGUGAAAACCAGUCCAGCAACACCUGGAGGCCCAUGUUGUUGUUUGUUGUUUAGUCGUUUAGUCGUGUCCGACUGUUCGUGACCCCAAGGACCAGAGCACGCCAGGCACUCCUGUCUUCCACUGCCUCCCGCAGUUUGGUCAAACUCAUGCUGGUAGCUUCGAGAACACUGUCCAACCAUCUCGUCCUCUGUCGUCCCCUUCUCCUUGUGCCCUCCAUCUUUCCCAACAUCAGGGUCUUUUCCAGGGAGUCUUCUCUUCUCAUCAGGUGUGGAGCCUCAGCUUCAGGAUCUGUCCUUCCAGUGAGCACUCAGGGCUGAUUUCCUUCAGAAUGGAUAGGUUUGAUCUUCUUGCAGUCCAUGGGACUCUCAAGAGUCUCCUCCUCCUUCAAAAGCAUCAAUUCUUCGUCAGUCAGCCUUCUUUAUGAUCCAGCUCUCACUUCUAUACAUCACUACUGGGAGGCCCAUAGGUUCCCUUAAUUCAAAAUCACACUCAAAAACUCCUUCACUACCAAUCCAGCUCAUUGCCUGCCUACUGCCACUGGCCAUCUGAAGUGGUCUCCAAUGUGAAUCUAUGCCUCUGUCCGAUGUACAUAACAGAGAGGUUUCUCCUUGUUCAAACACUUGAUGCUACUAUCAUUUUAUUCUUUCUGAAUUGGGCCAGGGCUGGCCCAAGAUAUUUAGGCGCCUGAGGCAAACCCCAAAAUGCCGCCGCUCCACCCACCCCCCAUUGACAGGGAAGAAGGGGCGAGUGAAUAUCUGCAUCAGGAACAAGGGGUGGGGGGAUAAAGAGUGACUUCAGAAUCUGUUGCCCCUGUGUAUUCUGCUGCCUGAGGCAGUUGCCUCACCUUGCCUCAUGGGUGGACCAGCGCUGCCUCAGACCAAGCACCACCAUUUAGUCCCAUGCUUUCUUUUACCAAGACAUUGUUCCUGUUUUUAUCAUGCAUGACUCCCUCUCAGCAAGUUUUGGAAGAAAGCUGAUGCAUUCCACCCAUGCUCAAGAAUAGCAUAUUCUCUGGGUGAACAGCCACCCAUAUACCGUAUUUUUUGCUCUAUAAGACUCACUUUUUCCCUCCUAAAAAGUAAGGGGAAAUGUGUGUGUGUCUUAUGGAGCGAAUGCAGGCUGCACAGCUAUCCCAGAAGCCAGAACAGCAAGAGGGAUUGCUGCUUUCACUGCGCAGCGAUCCCUCUUGCUGUUCUGGCUUCUGAGAUUCAGAAUAUUUUUUUUCUUGUUUUCCUCCUCCAAAAACUAGGUGCGUCUUUUGGUCUGGUGCGUCUUAUAGAGCGAAAAAUACGGUACAUGUUACAUCAACCGUUAGCAGUUUUACUGCUCAUGAAUUGCCAUCCUGUCAUCUUCGAUUCUUCGGGAUGGGGUGAAGAUCCUUUUCCCUCCAGUUGUUUGCUGAACCACAACUCCCAUCAGCUUCGGACAGCAGGACCAAUGGUGAAGGAUGAUGGGAGCUGCAGUUGCCCUUACUUUGCAUUGCAAGCUGCCUAAAUAUUUUUUUAUUAAAAGCAAGGCCAAUGUUUUUGUUCUAACCUCAUAACUGUGGCACUGUUUGGCAUUUUGACAAGAUGGGUUAUCUAUGUGUCCUUGAUUAGGUCAGAGGGCAGAUAUGACUUCUGGAUUUAAAAAUAACCCAGGCAUUCUAAAAACAUCAGCAAUGAAAAUACAGCGGAGCUUCAGACGACUGAGGGUACUUAUUUGCAAUACAAAAAUACAAAGUGAAACCCCUAUUAAAAUUCACAUCAAUGUCUGUUUUCCACAAGAUCGCAAAGGGCAGCUAGCCAUUCUUAAAAGCACCAGAGCACCAUUUCACCUUCGGAGAGCCUUACAAAUCUGUUCAAUGACAUCGCUUCAUCAACAUGUUUGGUCUUUGAUGAUUCCUUUAAUGGGAAUGGUGGUUCUCCAGUACUGAUCUUGCAACAAUGGUGUAUUAGCAGAUUCAGCAUCUAGUUUAUACUGACCACCCUAGAGAAACACAACACUGUUUAGUAAAAAAACAAAAAACAAAAAUACCUUCAAUUAUUAUUGCCAAUUAUUACUUUGCACAUUUGGUGUGUGAGUGUUCUAUACUCAAACUGCAACAGCUGCAUCCCACACAAUUUAAUCCCAUUUUAUCUGUUUAUUAUUAAUUUGUUAAAUAUAUAUACCACCCCUAAUCAAAAGAAUGUAGGGUAGUUUGCAACACAGAACACAAUAGUCAGCAUGUAAUGUAAUAUCUAUACAACGUAAAGUUCAAAGCAGUUUUAUAUAUGCAGUUGUGAUCAUAAUAAAUCAAAAUUAUAAAUUGUGUGGCUUGCAACUGCCUAGCACAACCUACACAGAAUCCUUUCUUGGGAUAUGAUUUGGUAAGCCCAGUACCUUGAAUGAAAACAAGCCCCCAUUGCCAUAAGGAUGUGCCAUAUUACUGUAUUUUUCCAUGUAUAACACGCUCCUAUGUAUAAGAUGACCCUUAUUUUUUGGGAUCCCAAAUUAAGGAAAUGAAGGGAGAUUGCCCAGAACUGUUGAGCUUUUUUGGGGUGGGGGUUGCCGACAAUCGUUCACCCUCCUGACCACCACUGCCAAUCGCACACCUCACAAAAGAAACCAAUCAUCUGCCUGCUUGCCGCCAGCAGCCACCAAUCACACGACCAAUUGCUGCAGCAGCAGCCAAUCAUCAGCAGGCCUUGCUGCAGCCACCAAUCACCCGCCCAAUCGCCGCUGACAAUCUCCUGCUCAUGGCUGCCACCAAUCGCCCUUCCCUCCUCUGUACUAUCCACGUAUAAGAUGAACCCCAAUUUUUAGCAUUUAUUUAUAAUUUUAAAAAUCGUCUUAUACACGGAAAGAUACGGUAAUUAUCCCAAAGCAAAAUUUCACCUCCACAGGUGUGCUUCAGGAUGUGCUUGUUCAGCAGUUCAUCCUGCGGAACUGCUGUUCAUAAUGGCCAAGUUCCGAAUAUAAUCACUGUUUAUUUUCCCCCCUUAUAGCUCUCCUAUUUCAUUUCUGGCUCUUUUACCAAUUUUGCCACACCAUUGCUUUGUUCUGGCCCAGAAAGCUCCAUCAGUGGUACUGCUACAUCCAAAACUCUGUAAGCUGCAACAGAAACGACCUCCUCUUGAGAUUCCAGAGAAAUCACUGGAGCCUCUUCCAAGCUUUAACUCCCCUUUAGAGAGACGUCAACUGAAGAUCCUGGGCCGAUCAUGUUUUUAAAUAGCCACCACUUAGGCAAAAGCUGAACGGCAGCCCCACACCCAGCCAUUCAGCAAAUGUCACCCAGGGCUGGCUCCAGAAAGAGGCAGAGUGAAACAGAGUGAUUUGGGCAGGUUUUUAAACGGCAGCAAAUUGUUGCCCGUUUACUGUAUCUUUCUUUAUUGUAGGAGGGCUGCUUGUGGGAUUUUUGGCCUUGAUUUUUAAUCAGGUGAAGCGUAUACCAUGGACUGAAGCUGUGCCCACAAAGGGACUGACUUCUGAUGUGACAGAGCAGUUGCUGCCCAGAAUAUUCUCAGCUCUUGCUGCUGCCAGAGGGCCUGCGCACCUCAGGUGACAGGUCAAAGGGCAUGGCGGCACUUGGAAGUAUCUUGCUAGGGCCAGCUAAGUUUUACUUGCUAAAUUAAGCACAAAUCCUUAAUUAGCCGAUUGGCAAAGAACUGGAGUUGAUGCCCGAUGAUAAAACGGGCUCGAUUUAAAAGAGGCCGCUUUAAAGACUUUGAAGAGGAGGGGAAUCUACUCAGGCACUCAGUGCCGGAGCUACAAAUUUUGCCGUGGGGGCGAAAGUCUAAUGAGUUGCUGCCCUGCUUAAUGGAAAGAGUGAACUCACAUAAAAAUCAAGAUUUACAUCCAGGCAAAACAAAAGAUUAAACGAUUAAGGACAUGAAUGACAUUUAUGCCCUUGAAUAAGGUUAUUUGAACCCAGUAAAGUUGGGAAUUGUUGAAAACUUAUAUACGUGUGUGUGUGUGUGCUGAGAUUGAAAUAUUACUACAAUUACUACUAUUAUUACAAUUGACCUUCCUCUACCUCCCGUACAGGUGAUACCUCAAAAUAUCAGUUCCUAAGUUACCUUGUUCCAUUUAACCACAGGUGGGUGGGUGCCAGUGGAUAAGAUCAGGCUACAUGGUGUUGAUUUGUGUGCAAACUAAAAACCUCGACAGGCUUAGCGGCUGUUGCAUUUCCAAAACUUUUAACACCUGCACCAGCAGCAUCUGCGCGUGCAGCGGCAGCGGCCCCAGUGGAUCGCUGCCCCACAACAAGAAGAGCCAGUGUGCUUCAGCCAGCUCUGUGCAGUGGUACCUCGGGUUACAUAUGCUUCAGGUUACAGACUUCGCUAAUCCAGAAAUAGUGCUUCAGGUUAAGAACUUUGCUUCAUGACGAGAACAGAAAUCGUGCUCCGGCAGUGCGGCGGCAGCGGGAGGCCCCAUUAGCUAAAGUGGUGCUUCAGGUUAAGAACAGUUUCAGGUUAAGAGCGGACCUCUGGAACGAAUUAAGUACUUAACCUGAGGUACCACUGUAUUUUAUCUUACAUUUUUAUGUUUCUGUUGUGCAUUUAUGUUUCUGUUGUGCAAAGAGCAUUUGCCAGGGGCUCUUUUCCUUCUGCUCAUGGUUCAUUGAACCCAAACCCCAAAAGCAAUAACGAACGAUAAUGUCUACUGGAUCACCCCAAGCUACGAGACUUGUUGUUUUUGAAACCACGGGGCAUAUAAAACAGCUGUUUUCCCCCCCGAAGACCUUCAUUUCCCUCAAGCCAACGGUCCUGUGUUAAAUAUUAACAGCUGUGGGACAAAAUUCAACAGGCAGGAGCAAUGAUUCAGUAUUUGCCACUGACGCGGAGGCAAGGCCAAGGUCCUGGCAAAGGUUUGUGGAGAGCAAGAGCAGCGUAGCUUGCAGGGCUAGUUAAUGGGCCAAUGCAUUAAAAAAAAAAGAAAUGCAUGUUUCAGCUCUAUAGCAGCUGGCUAUCCCUGCUUGGAAAGCAGCGGCGGCAGCCUUAGCUAUGCCUGAAAACAGAAAGAGCCCCUGAGAAGUAUGUCCGUCCCGCUGUCAAUGAGUCACACUUACUCUCGGUCACUUUUUCCACUCAGCUGUUUGGCAAUUGGAGUUCAGGCCACUCACAGAGCAGAAUGUGGGAGCAGGGACUAGUGUUGUCAAGAGUGCAGCAUUGAUUCAAGCAAUGGUGUUAUCACAAGGCCAAACAGCACGUGACAUUAUCCGUGUGGGGUGCAGUGGGGUGCUAAGUUUUUCUUGCGCAAAGAAUCAGCAGGAGGGGAGGAGUAUCAAACUGGAUCGGGUGGGAGGUAGUGCUUUAUUUUAUUUUAUUUUAUUCAUUUUUAUUGAUUUUCCAGUAAAAACAGCCAAUCAACAUAUCCGCAUCAUAAUCUAAUUAAAAUCAAUAAACUAAAAUAAAAAAACAACCAAAUUGUAGUCCGAAUUGUAAUUAUUAAUUUUUCCAGGCUCCCCAAUGGUCAAAGGCCUGGAAACGAUGCCUUAUGAGGAACGGCUAAGGGAGCUGGGCAUGUUUAGCCUGGAGAAGAGGAGGUUAAGGGGUGAUAUGAUAGCCAUGUUCAAAUAUAUAAAAGGAUGUCACAUAGAGGAGGGAGAAAGGUUGUUUUCUGCUGCUCCAGAGAAGCGGACACGGAGCAAUGGAUCCAAACUACAAGAAAGAAGAUUCCACCUAAACAUUAGGAAGAACUUCCUGACAGUAAGAGCUGUUCGACAGUGGAAUUUGCUGCCAAGGAGUGUGGUGGAGUCUCCUUCUUUGGAGGUCUUUAAGCAGAGGCUUGACAACCAUAUGUCAGGAGUGCUCUGAUGGUGUUUCCUGCUUGGCAGGGGGUUGGACUCGAUGGCCCUUGUGGUCUCUUCCAACUCUAUGAUUCUAUGAUUCUAUGAUUCUAUGAUUCUAUGAUUCUAUGAUUCUAUGAUUCUAGUCUGGACCUCUGAAGCAUAUUGGGAGGUAGCGCUUUAAGCCUUUCCUCCUUGCAGUGUCCUGACCCCGCAAUAUUGACAAUGAGAUAUGAGUUCUAAAAAGGCCCCUUUCCACGCCAUGGUUCAGGGCCAGUCCAGGACAUUUUGCCGCCUGAGGCAAAUCAAACAAUGGCAUCCCCCUCCCCUGCUGCCUCCACCACUGCUUCUGCCUGAGGUGACUUGAGACAGCCUGGGGAAGCCCUGAAGUACACAGAAGGCGUGGGGGCGGCAUAAGAUGGAAGUCAAAGAGGAGCAGAUGGGGUAAUGGUGGAGGAGGCAGAGGAGGAGGUGAGUGACAAGUGCAGGAGGUGGUAAGUGGUGUCUCCUUGAGGCCCUGAUCUGCUACUGCCCCUCCCAGCUGUCUGCAGCUUGCCGCCUGAGGCAACUGUCUCACCGCCCCCAUGGGAGGACCGGCCCUGCCAUGGUCACAAUCUAGCUAGGCCUUCCUGUACCCAUACAAGCUAUUUGUGAACUGAAAAUAGUCAUACGAGUUGCAGACCGCCGAAACCCGGAAGUACCAGAAUGGGUUACAGCGGUUGCGCAUGCGCAGAAGCGCUAAAUCGCUUUUGCACAUGCACAGAAGCGCCGAAUUGCAACCCACGUGUGCACAGAUGCAGGUUGCGAACGCUGCGGGUUGCGAACAUGCAUCCCACACGGAUCAUGUUCGCAACCCGAGCGUCCACUGUACUGAACUCAAGGGAAACCCCCAUAAAUAACAUCACAUGUGUAGUUUGAACAACCUUAAUUGAAAACAACCUGAGAUAAUUCUCUCUCUCUCUCUCUCUCUCUCUCUCUCUCUCUCUCUCAUACACACACACACACAAUUUUUUGUAUGUUGUUUGCAGAAUCGUCAGGCUCAGUAUGUCCACAUCCCCAUCUGGAAAUGAACAGGGGUGCUAUAAGGAUUCAUCCAGCAUUGACAUGUCUGGGAAUCUCAUGCUGUGUUGACUGCUGUGGUAAAAGUGUUCAUGUGAGCCCAGCCUACAAAAUGGCAUCCUUGAACAACUGUCAGGGUCCCACUUGCCACCACCACCACCAUUUUCUUUUAGAUGCCCGGUCCUGCCUACCUGUCAAAGUUGGCCUGGGGGGGGGGGAUAGUCACCAAGCAGGACUGAGCUCCCCCUGCAUCAAGGGGAUGCCCAAGGGGAUAAAUUCUGCUCUUUUCAGGGUUCGGGGACAGGGUUCUGAGAUUGACCUCUUGACUCAGUCCUGCAUGGUUUGGGUGCAAAAGGGGGAUUCUCUUAUGCACCCAAAACCUAGCAAGAUUGAGGUCCCCAUUCAACAGCUGAUGCGCGGCAUGUUCAGUCCUGUCAUAUCUGUCUGCCCCGUCUGGUGCAAGAAGAUGUCAGGUGUGAGACAGGUGAGCGUUGUUUGGGGGGAAUGGGCUGGUGGGCCAAAUGAGGAGGCCCAUGGGCCAAAGCUUCCCCACUUCCAGCAUAAAAUGACACCACAUUGCAACAUCUACAGUGGUACCUCAGGUUAAGUACUUAAUUCGUUCUGGAGGUCCAUUCUUAACCUGAAACUGUUCUUAACCUGAAGCACCACUUUAGCUAAUGGGGCCUCCCGCUGCCACCGUGCCACCGCCAUGCGAUUUCUGUUCUCAUCCUGAAGCAAAGUUCUUAACCCGAGGUACUAUUUCUGGGUUAGCGGAGUCUGUAACCUGAAGCGUAUGUAACCCAAGGUACCACUGUAUUGACCUGGACUGCUACACACACACACACACACACACACACACACACAAAACUUUAAGUCCUCGUUACAAAUGUGUCAGCAUAAGCCCUAGUUGUGUCCUUUGUCCCUAUAUCUUGUGACGGUGGAACUUAGAAGAAGACCCAAAGGGAUCAGAGAUCUUGUGUGUUCUGCAAAAACAAAAAAACCAAGAGGAAGACAACAACACAAUGUUCCCAGAGACAAUAUUGAACGUUGCUAUCUUCUCAGCAUGGAAGCACUGCAGUUUUAGCAGCAAACUGGAUUAACAGACACCUUGACCCAGUUUAUCCCAGGACCAACGAUAAUGAAUGCGUCACCUCUUGCAACAUCCUCGGAUGCAGGAGAGAGAGUUAGCAAUGCUUUAACACCUUUCCUUCAGCACAGCAAGCAGAGAAGUCAGAAGGAAAUGAAAAUCAGAAACUAUUAAAGCUUAAAUGUAUGUAAAAUAACCAAAGUGAGCAUUCGACUAAGGAGUGUUGGUAAUAACAGAAAUACGCUGCUGCUGAUAAGCUUGCUGUCAUCUCUGGUAAGAUACAAACAUUUUAUCUCAAUUUGGGCCACUUUCAGUCCUGAUUCCCUUCAAGACAUGUAUACUGGAAGGACAGAAACAGUAAAAGAAGGCUGACUAGAUAGGAAUGGAACAUGGCAUAGUGAGAGAGGACAUUAUCUGCAUGCAAAAAGUCUUAAGUCCAACCUCUGACAUUUCCACUUAAAAAGGAUCGGGCAGCAGGAGAUGGGAAAGAUCAGCACAGCAGGACAUGCCCUUUGGAACUCCUUGCCCAUUGAUGUUAGGCAAGCACCUUCACUACACUGUUUUCAGGGCCUACUUUUUUUUAGGCAAUAUUUUAAUAUGGAAUUUUAUUUUCUAAUGUAUAUUUUUAACUGCUGGUUUUAUUUAUAUUUUGGAAUGUUUAAGUCACCUUGUUUGCAACUUCUGAUUUUUGCCCAUGCUUUUUAUGCAUGCUUUAUGUAAACUAGGGAUGCGGGUGGCGCUGUGGGUUAAACCACAGAGCCUAGGGCUUGCCGAUCAGAAGGUCGGCGGUUCGAAUCCUCGCGACGGCGUGAGCUCCUUUUGCUCGGUCCCUGCUCCUGCCAACCUAGCAGUUCGAAAGCACCGCAAAAACUGCAAGUAGAUAAAUAGGUACCGCUCCGGCGGGAAGGUAAACGGCGUUUCCGUGCACUGCUCUGGUUCGCCAGAAGCGGCUUAGUCAUGCUGGCCACAUGACCCGGAAGCUGUCUGCGGACAAAUGCCGGCUCCCUCAGCCUAUAGAGCGAGAUGAGCGCCGCAACCUCAGAGUCGUCCGCGACUGGACCUAAUGGUCAGGGGUCCCUUUACCUUUAUGUAAACUGCUUAGAGGUUUUUAUGAUUAAGCAGGAUGCAAUUUCUGCUAGAUCAAGGAGAAAUAAAUAAAGACCUCUGCCAGAAGACCCUGGCAAGCUGCUGACUGGAUAAUAUGGGCCCAGGUGGAUAAACCUUCCUACGGCAAGUCCAAAAUAUUGAUAGAAUGGCAUGAAGUCCCUGGUACCGAGACAGUUUAGACUUCUGACAACCAGCGUUCUGAAUCGGCCCUAGAGCCCAACUGGGAACACACAAAAGUUAUGUGUUCAGGACACUGCGUUCCAUUCAAACUCUGACAAAAGCCAUCUGGAGCAGUUGUAGUUUUGGUAUGCGGUUCAGAGAUAGCUCCUCCACAUAUAGAAAGUUACUGCAACCAAAUCUGGACGUCACACCAAGGUGUGAGUGACAAUGGCCAGAGAAUGACAUUGCAAAGUCCUUCCUCCGGUUGGCUGAGAAAUGUUAAAUUGUGCUCACCUAAUCCAGUCUCAGCAAUGAAUUAUCCAUCUCACUGUGGCUUGUGUGUGUCCUUGCUUCUCGCCUCGCCUCCCUGCUUCCUUUCUCAGAUGCUAUUGUGAUGAAUGGACAGGCAAAUUUCCACUGCUCUGCCAAGCAUCAAACCCCUGGGUCAUGUUUUCCCAUUUUCUUUCCUGCUUGGUAUGUCGGCUAUUUACAUCUAGCUAUUUGUUACAUGUGCGCAUGACCUUAUCCGGCAUUUGGGGGAGCCUUUAAAUGCCUAUAGAUGUUUUUUAAGGAAAAUCAUUGCAAGCUGAGGGUUCCCCACAAGCUGCUUUGCCAAAUCCCGUUCCAAGGGCUUCCUGGGACAGCAUCCAGGAAUUUUCUGCUGACGUGGGGACAGACAAGAAGCACUCGUUUUGGCAGACCUCUACCAUGAGGGCAUGAAAACUGAAAACACAUCUGGAUUCCUGUUGUGAAAACACGGCUGGCAUUGUUGGCUGCCACUUUUUGCCACAGUAUCUGAAAAAAAGAUAGGACCCUUUUUCUUUGUCUUGCUGUGCGGGGCGGGGGGAGGGGAAGCCACCUGUUAUUUUUGAAUCUCCACUGAUCAGUGCACAUAUAUUUUGUCAAAAUAAAAUUACAGUCUCUAACUGAACUUCAGGGUGGCUCCCUCCAGAUAUCAUUUUUAACAGCACUUAUUAUUAUUAUUAUUAUUAUUAUUAUUAUUAUUAUUAUUUAUAUCCCACCCUAUACCCAGAGGUCUCAGGGUGGUUCACAGAAAAGUUCACAACAUAUAUAAUCAGAAUAAAAACAACAACCCAAUAACACGCCCCCCCCGAAAAGACCCACAUUUUAAAAGGGCAUAGGAUGUCAAACAGAUAAACCAAAGGCUUGAUUUAAAAGGAACAUUUUUGCCUGGCACCUAAAGGUGUGUAAUGAAGGCACCAGGUGAACUUCCCUGGGGAGAGCAUUCCACAGACGGGGAGCCACUGCAGAGAAGGCCCCGUUCUCAUGUUGCCACCCUCCAGACCUUUUGAGGAGGCGGCGGCACAUGAAGGAGGGCCUCAGAAGAUGACCUCAGGGUCCAGGUAGGUUCAUUUGGAAAGAGGCGGUCCUUGGUGUAUUGCUGUCCUGAGCCGUUUAAGGCUUUAUAGGUCAAAACCAGCCUGGUUUUGUGCCUGGAAACUAAUUGGUAGCCAAUGCAGUUGGACCAGGAUCAGUGUAAUAUGCUCAAACCAUCUUGCUCUGGUGAAUUCUGCACUAGCUGAAGUUUCCAAACCAUCAGCCCUAUGUAUAACGCAUUGCAGUAAUAUAGCCUUGAGGUUAGCAGAGUACAGUGGUGCCUCGCAAGACGAAAUUAAUUCGUUCUGCGAGUUUUUUCGUCUUGCGAAUUUUUCGUCUUGCGAAGCACGGUUUCCCAUAGGGUAUUAACGGUUUUAAGAAAAAGGAAACAAACUUGCAAGACGUUUUCGUUUUUCGUCUUGCGAAGCAAGCCCAUAGGGAAAUUCGUCUUGCGAAGCAACUCAAAAAACGAAAAACUCUUUCGUCUUGCGAGUUUUUCGUCUUGCGAGGCAUUCGUCUUGCGAGGUACCACUGUAUUAGGCCAUUCAGAAUGACAGGAUCACUUCCUGCCCUCAUUCUGAAUUGGCUCUACAGCACCAUACAGGCAUGUAUUUAUUUUUACGGUAAUUUUGUUGAUUACAUCUCUAUCCUACCUUUGCUCUAAAGAGCUCAAGAUUAUGUCCAUUCCUGUCUCCCCCAAUUCCCGCCCCCCCCCAACUACCCAAUGAGGAAGCUUAGGCUGAGAGAUGACCCAAGGUGACCCAAUAUGGCAAAGUAAGCCUUUUACCCCAGGUCCUGCCCAAAAAAGAAGUUCCUUGUGUAGAAAGUGUGAGCAAUCAUCCUACUCUGACAAAGAACCUGUUAAACCUUUUGAAAAAAGAAUAACACAUAAAGAUUUCUAUUGGAAUCUGGACUGUUAUGACUGUAGCUGGUCUAGAAGUGGAAUUGUAAACUCCUAUGUUAAUGUUUCACAUUUUUUAAUGAUGCCAUCAUCGCUAGGCCUGGGCACAUAAAUGCAUGUGACUAAAAAAUAAGUGGCUUCCUCCAAGAUGAAAAUUAGAUCAGCAGUUAAAGAGAGCAGCUCACUUCGGCUCUAAUCUUUUCCACGUGCCACGUCCUCUACUUGCGCCUAGUUUCAGCCCAGCCUACGAAUGAAACCAGCCAUUCAAAGAGGGUGUGGAGAUAUUUCCUUCGUUAAUGCUGCAAGGUGAGUUUGGAGGGCACAGGAGUGGCGCAUGAAGGAGGAAGGGAGCCAGGAUUCAGGGUGGCAAUAUGCCUGCCUUCAGAUUUUCUGUGUCCCACAUGGGGAGGAGGGAAACAGCAAAGUCCACAAAGUUUUGCAGUGUAUGUCUUGAGUCACACAAUUAGAUCUAGCGUAUUUUUCUGUGUAUAACACGUCCACGUGUAUAGUAAAGGUAAAGGUACCCCUCACCAUUAGGUCCAGUCAUGACCGACUCUGGGGUUGCGGCGCUCAUCUCGCUUUAUGGGCCUAGGGAGCCAGCGUACAACUUCCAGGUCAUGUGGCCAGCAUCACUAAGCUGCUUCUGGCAAAUCAGAACAGCGCAUGGAAACGCCGUUUACCUUCCCGCUGGAGCCGUACCUAUUUAUCUACUUGCACUUUGACAUGCUUUUGAACUGCUAGGUUGGCAGGAGCAGGGACCGAGCAACGGGAGCUCACCCCGUCACGGGGAUUCGAACCGCCGACCUUCUGAUCGGCAAGUCCUAGGCUCUGCGGUUUAACCCACAGCGCUACCCGCGUCCCUCCACAUGUAUAAGAUGACCCCUAUUUUUUGGGACCCCAAAUUAAGGAAAUGGGGGGAGAUUGCCCAGAGUUGUUCAGCUUUUGGGGGGGGGACCGCCGCUGCCAAUCGCACGUCUCACCGAAGCCAACAAUCGUCUGCUCGCUCACCACCAGCAGCCACCAAUCGCCCGCCCAAUUGCCGCAGCAGCAGCCAAUCGUCAGCAGGCAUUGCUGCAGCCACCAACCACACACCCAAUCACUGCUGACAAUCUCCCGCUCAUGGCUGCCACCAAUCGCCUGUCCCCCCUCUGCACUAUCCGUGUAUAAGACGACCCAGUUUUUAACAUUUUUUAAUAAUAAUAAACCAUUGUCUUAUACACGGAAAAAUACAGUAGUUAUUAUGAUCUGGCCGGCCAUUGUAAGAACAGGAUGCCGGACUAGAUGGGCACCUGUGGGGGCAACACUUCAGGGAUUUCCUCUGCCCGAGGAAGCUGCUUCGCCCUGCCCCAUGGGUGAGCCGGCCCUGGUGUUAUGGGUUUUGAAGGCAACCGCAGCAAGCUAUUAGUCAGAACGUAUAAAAUACCAAGAAAUCAACGCAGGAAGAAGUUUCUGUUUCCUACAAGCUGACAUACCCCAUCUUAGCACUUGCUCUCUAAUAAAAGAACAACUACAGUGGUACCUCUGGUUACAGAUGCUUCAGGUUACACACUCCGCUAACCCAGAAAUAGUGCUUCAGGUUAAGAACUUCGCUUCAGGAUAAGAACAGAAAUCGUGCUCCGGCGGCGCAGCGGCAGCGGGAGGCCCCAUUAGCUAAAGUGGUGCUUCAGGUUUAGAACAGUUUCAGGUUAAGAACAGACCUCCAGAACGAAUUAAGUACUUAAGUAUUUUACCUCCCCCUGCACAAACGAAAUAUGCUGUGGCACAAAGAGUUCAUAUAAAAAUACCUAUGCAGAAAAAAAUCUCAUUGACGGCGGUGGAACUUACUCCUAGGUAGCAUGCCAUUGAUGCGUAGGAGCCCUAACCUCGUCGCUUCACAAUUGCUACACCAGCAGUGGAACAACAUAUAAAUUUAUUUAUUGAUCGUGAAAUAUAUUAUCCCACAAACCUUCAGCUCACGUUUUCACACAACAGCUAACAUUAAAGGCGUUUUAAAACAAAAACAAAAAAAAGAGUCAGACAAAAUCUCUAGAACAGCAAAAACCAGCAGCUAAAACAUUACCAGUAAGGUGACCAAAUAAUAUUUAUACAGCACUAAAUGGUGCUUUUAAAUAUGCUACAGAACUCUGUCCUGGGGUUUGAUUUUAUUCUCUAAAGCUGGUGUACCAUGUGAAAACUACAAAAUGCUUCUAAACAACAGCGCCACCUGCUGUAUGAUACUAAAGCCAUUACUACUACUCCUACUACAGUACUAUUAUUAUUAUUAUUAUUAUUAUUACUAUUAUUAUGCAUUCCUAGGCUUACUCAUAAGUAAGCCAAACAGUGUUCAAAGAGACUUACUCCCAGGUUAACGGGGAUAGGAUUUGCAGCUUCAGUGCAGUAUAUACCGUAUUUUUCGUCCCAUAGGACGCUCCGUCCCAUAGGACGCACCUAGUUUUUUUGGGGGGAAAUAAAGGGAACUCCCGCAGGGCUGCGUAGGCUGCGGAUGUGUUCCCGAAGCGCCGGGCGCUCUGCUUUCAGAAGUCCCGCAGGGCUGCGUAGGCUGCGGAUGUGUUCCCGAAGCGCCGGGCGCUCUGCUUUCAGAAGUCCCGCAGGGCUGCCUAGCCUGAGGAUGUGUUCCCGAAGCGCCGGGCGCUCUGCUUUCAGGGCGCCCGGCGCUCCGGGAAGCAGGCUGCUAUCCGCAGCAUAGACAACCCUGCGGGACCUCCCGCAGGGCUGCUUAGGCUGCGGAUGUGUUCCUGAAGCCUGGAGAGCGAGACCCCUCUCACUCUCCAAGCUUCAGCGAAAGCCUGCAUUCGCCCCAUAGGACGCACCCAGAUUUCCCCUUCAUUUUUGGAGGGGAAAAAGUGUGUCCUAUAGGGCGAAAAAUACGGUACAUCUUGAAUUCAGAAAUGUAGUGUGUAGUGGUUAGAGUGCUAGACUAGGACCUGGGAGACCAGGAUUCAAAUCCCCAUUCAGUCUUGAAGGCUCACUGGAUGACUUUGGGCCUGUCACUAUCUCCCAGCCUAGCGAACCUUUCAGGACUGUUGUGAGGAUAAAAUGGAGACAGGAGAAGUAUGUAUACCACCUUGAGUGCCUUGGAGAGAAAGACGGGCCUCAAAUAUAUAAUUUAUUUUUUAAAAAAAUAUUAAGUACAAAUUAGAAAACAUACAUAUUUACAACAAAAGAAAAUACAGAAGAAAGAGAAAAUACAUAUAACCAAGGAAACAAAUGAGAGAAUACUUUACCUCUUUUCAUAUUUACAGUUAUUUAUACCUCUAUAAAAUGCUAUUCACAAUAAAGGAGUGAAAUGAAAGAUAAGGCAUCAGAAAAAAAGAAGAAAAGAACAAAGAAUAAAUAAAGAAGUAAAAGAAAAGGAUCAUAGGUGAAAUUUUUAAAGUAGAUAAGUAUUCACUAUACAUAGCCGUUUCCCAUCUAUAUUUAUAUUCAUUUGUAUAAUUUUAUCUUGUCCUUAUCUACCUUAAAAAGUGUUGUUGUUGUUUUAAAAGACUUCCACCGUUUGCCUCACGCGUUUUUAAUAAUCCGUUCGUCAGAUCCUCUGUUCCUCAUAUUUUCCCUUUGGAUUUCCUUGAUGUCUCACUUUGUAUUUUUUAUAUUACACACAAGAUUAUUCUAAACACAACCAGAUUUUUGUGGUCGAGCCCUGGUUUUGUAAAUAAUCGUUUAAGAACUCCCAUUGCUUCAUAACCAUAGUUUUGGAUUUUCUACUUAUUAUAGCCAUCAGUUUUGCUAGUUCCAGGCAGCGGCGUAGCGUGGGUUGUCAGCACCCGGGGCAAGGCAAGUAAUUUGCGCCCCCUAACCCGGGGCAAGGCAAGUAAUUUGCGCCCCCUAACGCCUAACCUGCCGCCGCUGCCAGCUUCUUCUUGCUGCUGCCUGGUCUGGUCUGGUGUGGUUCUCUCCCGCGCUCAGCGCUGUGCUGGGCAGCCGCUGCACUGUCCCUCCCCCAGAUAGUCCCUCGCUCUCUCUCCGCACCGCACGCCUGGCACCCACCCCCUCCACAGUGGGCGGCGACCCAGCGGCUCAGAUCGGAUUCGCACAGCCAGCACUGCAGUGAGAGUGAGUGAGCCAGGUAGGGGCAGAGAGCUGCGAGUGCGAGCGCGCCCCCCCAGAUGUUGCGCCCGGUGCGGCUGGCCCCCCCUGCACCCCCCACACUACGCCACUGGUUCCAGGUACUAGAAAAGUUUCCCCAACCAUUCUCUUUUUGUUGGGAUGCUGUCUUCUUUCCAAUAGCUAGCAAUCAAAAUUCUUGCCGCUGUUGUCGCGUAUAGAAAUAAGUUAGUUUCAUCUUUUGGGAUAUCAUUAUCUAAAAUUCCUAAUAGAUAUGCCUCUGCCUUUUUUGUGUGUGAUGUCCUUAUCAAUGUUUUUAUUUCGUCGUGGAUCAUGUCCCAAAAGGUUUUAAUCUUUGGGCAAGUCCACCACAUGUGAUAUAACGUACCUUUUGUUCUGUUACAUUUCCAACAUUUGUUGUUGUUCCUUUUAUUUAUUUUUGACAAUCUGUCAGGGGUUAGGUACCAUCUAUGGUGAAUUUUUCUGAAAUUCUCCCUUAAUAAAUCACACACAGUAAAAUUUAUGUUUUUCUCCCAAAAAGUUUUCCAUCUUUCCAGAUCUAUCUUAUAUCCCAAAUCGUGCUCCCAUUUUAACAUGUUUUUCCCUUUCAUCUCUUGGUCUAAGGUGCUUUUCAUUAAUAAUCUAUACAUUUUUGCAAGUAUUUUUUGAUCGCUUUGCAAUAUUUCCUUUUCUAAUUUUGAAGUUUUAAAAUUCCCCCUUUUUAUGUCUUUUUCAUAUGUUGCUUUUAAUUGAUAAUAUUGUAAUCAAUUUAUUCCAAAUGUUUGUAAUUGUUCAUAAGUUUUUAAUUUAAUAUUUCCGUCUGCAUCUUCUAAUAUUUCCCUAUAUGUUGGCCAAGUCUCUUUUGCAUUACUCUUUAAUGUUGUGGUUGCCUCUACUGGUGAAACCCAUUGGGGAGUUUUCUCAAUAAUUUUUCCUUUUGUUCUUUCCAAUAGAGCCUUUCUUACUAUGUGAUUUGUAAUUUUUUUAUGUUGUUCUUUUUUGUCAUAAAAUAAAUAGCCAUGCCAGCCGUAUAUUUUGCCUCAAAUAUAAUGAAUGAAUGAAUGAAUGAAUGAAAUGAAAUGAAACGGAGGACCUUUUCUUCCCUGAACUUGCCCACGUAAGCAAACCAAUUUUAAAUAAAAAGGUCAAUUCCUCAAGGAACAUACAAUAUGAAUUCUAGCACACAGGGGAAAAAGAAAGGGGGGGGCAGUGAACAGUAAUGAUACCAUAUUGGCCCGAAUAUAACCCACAGUUUCCCUCAAAUUCUGACCGUGAAAAGUUAAAGUGCGGCUUAAAUUCACAACCUUACAAAAACUGGCUUUUACGAUACCGCUGCUGAAACAGACGUACGGUAAAACUGAACAACAAAAAGGUUUUAUUGCCGAUUUGCGAACUUCAGUGCCUGCGCAACUGCAGCAAUUGAAGGGAUUUGCAAUUUUAGCGAUUGUAUGGUAUGAUUUUGCGGGCUUGGAGUUACAAUUCUACCAACCGCAGAGAUUUUUAGCCUGUAACUCAAUUUUAAGGGAGCAGCUUAUAUUCGGGUAUUGUCUUUUUUUUCUCUCCCUCCCCCCUUGAAUUUUAAAGGUGCGGCUUAUUUGCGGGUGCGGCUUGUAUUCAGGCCAAUACAGUAUGUGCAAGUGGGUCAGUGCAGAUGUACGUGCGUAGAAUUUAUGGAAGUUGAUGCUGCUGGGCUCCAUCUCCCAUCAUUCCUGAUAAUCUAAUAAAUAAUAAUAAUUUUUUAUUUAUACCCCACCCUUCCUGGUUCAGAAAACCGGGCUCAGGGUGGCUAACAACAAAUUUGAAACACUCAUUUGAUGCAACAAAAAACAGCAUAAAAUACAAUAUAAAAUGUGAAUAACGAUAAAUUCAGAAUUCAAAAAUCAAUUUAGGUGGGAAAUCCAUCCAAUAAACAUUAGAUGAUCACCAGGGCUAGCUGGUUAAAUUAGUCCUAUUUGGGCCAGCAAGGAGACCAGGAGGGAAUUAGCUGUGGGAUCCCAGAGCGGGCAAUCUUCACAAAAAGAGGAAGGGAAGGAAGGGGGAUAAAAGAUCAGGCUAAGUUCAAAUUGAAAGCCAAGCAGAAUAGCUCUGUCUUACAGGCCCUGCAGAAGGAGGUUAAAUCCUGCAGGGCCCUAGUCUCAUGGGACGCAGCAUUCCACCAGGCCGGAGCCAUCACUGAGAAGGCCCUGGCCCUGGUGGAGGAUAAUCUGACUUCCUUAGGACCUCUAAACUCUAAAUCUGUCAUGCUGGCUGAGGAUGAUGGGAGUCGGAGUCCAGCAACAUCCAGUGGGUACCACCUGGUCUACCUCUGGGGUAAGCCAAAUGUGGGACGUGUGGGGUUUGAAGGGAGAGAGCUGGCACCACAGAGAAAUGUGGUGGGAGGCCAUUUUGAGGCAUUGGGGCCAGCAAGGAUUGAAAAUGCUCAGUCACUUAAGAGAGGAGGGGCACAGCGAGAAAGAUGAACAGAACAGGGAGCAUUAGGAGGAAUGGUAGAAAUCAAGCACAUGCUGAAACUGGCGCAAUUUGGGGGGGGCAGUGCUCAAUGGGCAAACUAACCUGUGAUGGGCAUUUCAGACAGCCAGGGUGACAUCAUGGGAUAGCUGCCCCUGCAAUAUACCAUAUUUUUCAGUGUAUAACAUGCCCCCGUGUUGGGUUUGGGUUGCCAAAAAUCACUCACCCACAGGACCGCCACAGCCAAUCACACGCACAUCAACAAAGCGACCAACCGGCAGCACGCUCGCCAAAUGGAAGCGUCAAUCACCCGCCCAAUUGCUGCAGCAGCCUAUAGCCAGCAGACCUCGCCGCACCCACCAAUCACCCACAAAAACACCACAGACAAUCUCCUGCUCACGGCAGCCAUCAAUCACCCGUCCCACCUCUCCACUAUCCGUGUAUAAGAUGACCCCCAUUUUUUAGUAUAAUUUUUAUAAAAAAUAACCUCGUCUUAUACAUGGAAAAAUACAGUAAUUCCCACAAAACUAGAGUUCCCAAUUUGGUUUAACAAUCAAUCCCUCUUCCCAGGAAACUCUGGGAAGUGCAGUUCUGUGAGGGGAGCAGGUGUCUCCUGACAACUCUCAGCACCCUUAAAGGUAAAGGGACCCUUGACCAUUAGGUCCAGUCGUGACCGACUCUGGGGUUGCGGCGCUCAUCUCGUUUUAUUGGCCGAAGGAGCCGGCGUACAGCUUCUGGGUCAUGUGGCCAGCGUGACUAAGCCGCUUCUGGCAAAUCAGAGCAGCACAUGGAAACACCAUUUACCUUCCCGCCAGAGUGGUACCUAUUUAUCUACUUGCACUUUGACGUGCUUUCGAACUGCUAGGUUGGCAGGAGCAGGGACCGAGCAACGGGAGCUCACCCCGUCACGGGGAUUCGAACCACUGACCUUUUGAUCGGCAAGUCCUAGGCUCUGUGGUUUAACCCACAGCGCCACCCGCGUCCCCUCUCAGCACCCUUAACAAACUACAGUUCCCUGGAUUCUUUGGAAUUAGGGUGAAUAAUUUUCAGGAAAUGCAUGGAACUGAAGAUUUCAUUACUAAAUUGUAUCUCUUUUCAGUAGCAAGCUCCUUCCCAUUUGCAAAAAAAGAGAGAGGUGGCUUUUAUCGUGUAUAAUGUUGUUGCUCUUUCUUUGUUUCCUCUUUCCUGCCACGAGAGGGCAAACAUGGAUAGUAAAAGAAAGGUUGACACUGUCAAACGGUUAGGACCUUUAAAUGCAAUGGAAGAGUGGUAUGUUUCAGCCUUAAAGAUGCAGCCCUGUUCACUGGGUUUUUGAAACAACUUAUUUCCUAUCAGAGGUAGAAGAAUAGAGAACAACAGAGGGAAACAGAACAUCAAAAGAAGGAACAAAUUGGGCGAAAGAGUGGGAAAAUAUAAUGUGCUCAUAAAGCUGACUGCAAUUGCAACAGUAAUUGUGCAUCAAUAGCAAAACAACACACAACAGAAGUCUGAUUUCAUUUCUACAUGCAGCCAUGGGAAUUUGAGAACCUUGUGGCCUCCUGUUACGCUUCCGCUGACCAGGAUUCCCUCUCCUUCCAUAAAUAUGCAUUGAAUGAAUGAGAAGCAAAACACACUCUUAUGGAAAUGCAAAAGGAUAGUUGAAGGGUGUUCAACGUAAUUAGUUUGUCUUGUCUGAUGUUACUUGUGUGCCUGGCGUCAUGUGACGUACUGGUCCUAUGUGUGCAAAGCCUCUUUCAAUCACUUCAGAGUGAAAUUCAAAUCAGUUCACAUAUAAAGGUGAGUCUACCUAAUUCACACUUUCUGAAACAAUGUGCCAACUGAGGUACAGUCAUGCUUCAAAAUUCACACUUCUGCAAAAAAAUUGCAGUGCAGUUCUUCUGCCAUGUCAGGUGUGCACAAAAACGCAUACACCCCGAUAAAGCGUGCAUAAAAAUGCAUAUAUUGGUGAAGAUAAUAUACAUAAAUCCUUUAUAUUAGGAGGAAAUUGCUUUGCAAAUAUAAGGCAGAAUCACAUGUAAAAAGGUGAAUAAUAGGGGAAAUUUGUGUUAAAAGGCUGACAAAUUCUCAUGAGGGUUUUUGUGUUUUUUCAAGGAUUGCAAACUGAUGAAGAAAAGUGGAGAACUUAAGACUGGAGAAGAUGAGCAAUUGAAACGGUCAGAUCCGCCCAUCCCUACUGCAGGCCUUCACAAGAGUUAUACCUGAACACCUAACUAACAUGCAAAGUUCAAUGGCUGCAAUGCAACUUAAUUUAAUCCCUACAAAGCCCUGCCACUGGGAAAGCAAUCCAAGCCGCCCUUUGAAGUGAAACAUACUGAUCUUUUCAUGGGCCUCCAACUUAAACAGAUAAGUACCAUGAAACACGCGAAAGAUGGGAACACAGCAAGACUUGUUUUAGUUCCAUAAUUACGGCUGAUUCUGGAGCUCGGGAUGUGUUUACAUUGCAUGUAAUGUAUGUAUCCGCACGUCUAGCCGAGAAGUUCAAACACUUGGGCUAUUGAAAACAACUUGGAGACAGCGUGGGGAACGGGCAGCCUGGGUGUGAUCAGCAUCAAAGGGAACUUAGCACCAAAGGCAUCUGCUGGGAAAAUGAAAUCUGCACGGCACCUACUUGCAAAAUAUAGAGCUGGUGACAGGUGGGGGGCUUUGGAGAGCCUUGAGACUCGCCCCUUGUCAAGAGAGGCAAGCAAGGCCCUUGCUCCGGACAAAUGACUCAAACUACAAGAAAGAAGAUUCCACCUAAACAUUAGGAAGAACUUCCUGACAGUAAGAGCUGUUCGACAGUGGAAUUUGCUGCCAAGGAGUGUGGUGGAGUCUCCUUCUUUGGAGGUCUUUAAGCAGAGGCUUGACAACCAUAUGUCAGGAGUGCUCUGAUGGUGUUUCCUGCUUGGCAGGGGGUUGGACUCGAUGGCCCUUGUGGUCUCUUCCAACUCUAUGAUUCUAUGAUUCUAUGAUUCUAUGACUCCAUUAGCAUUCAGGCCCAUCACCAGAAAUGUGACAGGCAAGGGAAUCAUUCCUGACUGGGCAGAAUGUCAAUGCGGGUGGCCAAACCCCAAAAAAGCAUCAUCUAAUGGUAUCAAUAUCCUUGGGUUGUUUUUGUUUUGAUUAUGUAUUUUGUGUUUUUAUCUUGUGAUUUUAUCUUGUGAACCACCCUGAGACCUGCGAGUAUAGGGAGGCAUAAUAAUAAUAAUAAUAAUAAUAAUAAUAAUAAUAAUAAUAAACAUUUUAAUUUUGAUAAAAUCAAUACUUGAUCCCGUUAUCUCAGCACCAGUCAUAUGCGACAUCCCAAAAUUACAGUGUCCCGGCUUCUGAUUGCAUACUCUCCAACAUUUCUCUAAUGAAAAUAGGAAUGUCCUAUUCAUUAUCAUUAUCAUUAUUAUUAUUUAUAUCCCACACAUCUCAAAGGGUUGCCCCAGCCACUCUGGGCAGCUUUUAACAUACAGUCGUACCUUGGAAGUCGAACAGAAUCCGUUCUGGAAGUCCAUUCGACUUCCAAAACGUCGGGAACCAAAGCGUGGCUUCUGGUUGGCUGCAGGAAGCUCCUGCAGCCAAUCGGAAGCUGCAGAAGCCACGCCAAACAUUCGGCUUCUGAAAAUCGUUUGAAAACCGGAACACUCACUUCCGGGUUUUGAUCAUUUGGGAGCCAAGGUAUCCAAGGUAGGACUGUAUAUAAAAACAUAAUAAAACAUGAAACAUUAAAAAAGAAAAUCAGCAGAAGUGGGUGGUAAAAGUGGUCAGAUCUUCUGACUUAAGUUCACCUUAGCCUGGGGCAAGUAAUUCAAAGCAGCCCCUGCAUGUCCAGUUAAGGCUCAAAAUCUCAUCAUAAUUGGUCUGAGAAUGAUAAACAACAGCAGGCCAGCUUUGCUUAUAAGACCAGGCUGCCAAGGUCUGCAUCCAAAAUAUCAGUUAGUGGAAGGGAGUUGGCUGCAAUACCAACAAAUAUUUAACCAGUGCAAAUGACCAGGCUGUUCUUUUAGGGUAAGAAUAGCUUUGUUUACCUUUAAAAGAAGACAAUAUGAAGUCUUGCGAAGCAAAUACACAGCUGAAAUAACCCCUGCCUGCAGCUGCAUAUCGCCUCCAAAAGGAGCCUCUUUUUUGAGCUGGUUCCCAGGUUUGUAAACAUGGGGAUUCCCCAGGCUCAUGAUGCCAAAUGUUUGCCACACUUCAUGGGGAAUAGCAUGCAAGCCAGGAGCAUCUUGCUAUAUAAAUAAAAAUGUAAGGUUGUCAUCAUGCUCCCCAGUUUGCGUGGCCACCAAUAGGUGGUCAUGCCAACUGCAGCAUGAUGAACAGCAGGCAGGCAACUGAGGAAGCCACACGGAUGGCGGGUGGCCCAAGCCAGCUGUUUAAUGGGGAGAAGAGGGAGGUGCUUUGCAGCAAGCUGCUCUGUGAAGUGCCACCCCUUCCAUUAAACCUCUCUGCAGGCACUUUUAAUGGAGAGCAAGGAGGGGUUUCACAGCGCAGCUUAGCAAGCCACUCUGUGAAGCAACUCUCUCUCCUUUAAAAAGGGGUGGGGCUUGGGGCAAACUGUGCGGGAAGAGGCGGGGAGAGGAGGCUUAAAGAGAGGGGGUAGUCAGGUGUAGAGGAAAGGCAGUUGACAAACAGAGCGAGCUAGUACUUGUAUAUGGCGGUACCUCGGGUUAAGAACUUAAUUCGUUCUGGAGGUCUGUUCUUAACCUGAAACUGUUUUUAACCUGAGGUACCGCUUUAGCUAAAGCUAUGGUUUUCCCUAUAGUGAUGUAUGGAAGUGAGAGCUGGACCAUAAAGAAGGCUGAUCGCUGAAGAAUUGAUGCUUUUGAAUUAUGGUGCUGGAGGAGACUCAAGAGUCCCAUGGACUGCAAGAAGAUCAAACCUCUCCAUUCUGAAGGAAAUCAGCCCUGAGUGCUCACUGGACGGACAGAUCGUGAAGCUGAGGCUCCAAUACUUUGGCCACCUCAUGAGAAGAGAAGACUCCCUGGAAAAGACUCUGAUGUUGGGAAAGAUUGAGAGCACAAGGAGAAGGGGACGACAGAGGACGAGAUGGUUGGACAGUGUUCUUGAAGCUACCAGCAUGAGUUUGACCAAACUGUGGGAGGCAGUGGAAGACAGGAGUGCCUGGUGUGCUCUGGUCCAUGGGGUCACGAAGAGUCGGACACAACUAAAUGACUAAACAACAACAACCGCUUUAGCUAAUGGGGCCUCCCGCUGCCACCGCGCCGCCACCGCACAAUUUCUGUUCUUAUCCUGGAGCAAAGUUCUUAACCUGAGGUACUAUUUCUGGGUUAGUGGAGUGUGUAACCUGAAGCAUCUGUAACCUGAAGCGUCUGUAACCCGAGGUACCACUGUAUCUGUGUAAGCACCCACACACAUUUAGGGCAGCUUCGUCUUGGACCACUGGAUACGUCAGAACUAAGAGAGGAGGAAGAGCUGAGAUACGUUUGCUAGGUGAAUUCACAGCUGUGGACCCUGGGCACAGACUAUUUGGGUGGAUCACAGCAAAGGUUCUUGCAAGCCAGCACCCUGUGGCUAACAUGGGAAUCCAGAUGCUCCUGAAGAGAUCUGUAAGAUGGAAUGUAGUAGGACAGGAAUGAGGAACUUGUGGUCCUCCUGAUUUUGCUGAUCUUCAACUCCCAUCAUCCCUGAUCAUUGACUGUUCUGGCUGGGACUGGUGGGAGUUGGAGGUCUCUAAUGUAGACCACCAUUAUUCAUUUCCGGUCUCUAUCACCUAGCAAUUAGAGAUAUAUGUAGGCUCCACUCUCAGCUGUCGUGUCUAAUCGCCAUUCAAAGACACAAUCUUUUAGUCUCGAAUGUUGUAAAUCCUCAAUGAAUUUGCCAUUAAAAAAAGAUCUAAAAGAGUAACUAUCACAGCUUUUUGAGGAAACGAAUUCCACCAGUCGGUUGCAUUCUGAAUGAAGAAGUGUGUUCUUUUGUCUGUCUUAAACCGACUGCCAAUCAGUUUUGCUGGAUGUCAACUGCCAAGCGUUUUGAGAAAGACAAAAUGAGAAUAAGUUCUCACUCUUCAUGUUCUCUGUUGAGAGCCUAGUGAAACAGUCAGACGUGUGUAAUUAGGUCUUGACAGCUGCUUUUUUUUAUCUUAAGGAAGAGCUGAUUCAGCGGGGGGGGGGGGACAAUUUAGAGCAAAGAAGCAUUGCAGUGAGUUGGAGGGGAAGAGGGAAGAGGUGCUUAACCCUUCCUGUCACUUCUUCCUAACAGUUCCAUAGUGCUUCCCCCCCUGUGGAAUUUCAAACACGCCACUGUCAAACAGCUUUGAGAGAGGGGGCUUUCUCCCUCUAAACUGUCCUUAUUCUGCAGCUAUGCUUUCUGUGCAGCCUUUAUGUUUUAGCUAGGAGGCAUCUGUUUCUUAUGUUUGCUUAUAGGCUCUAAGUACAACAAAGCUCGGCUCCAUCUGCGCUAGACAUUUAAAGCAGUAUCAUCCCACUUUCAGCAGUUACGUGUCCCUCAGAGAAUCCUGGAAACUGUGGUUUGUUAAGGGUGCUGAGAGUUGUUAAGAAAGUCCCCUAUUCCCACUUAAGAGAGCUACAAUUUCCUGAGUUCCCUGGGAAGAGAGAUUGAUUGUUGAACUGCCCUGAGAAUUGUAGCUUUCUCAUAUAACUACUUUCAUUUUUAAUAGACAUUAAUGUUUUAAUACAUUUUAUUUCCAAAAACCAGAUAGAUCCAAUGAUUCAGUGAUUUCAAAACAAAACAAAACUGCGGCUUAAGUUCAGAGUUAAGAAAAUCUUUUGUUGGCUCAAGGGUCACAAAGAAGGGACACUGAAAAUGAUCUGAUCAGGAAUGAUGUUGAUAAGUCUGAAUCAGAUAAGUGCUGGAGAUGUUAGGAGGUUGAGGGUACGUUUUAUCAUAUGUGGUGGACUUGUAAAAGGGUAAAAGAGUAUUGGGAAAUGAUAUUUAAUGAACUGAAAAAAAUGUUUAAAAGUACAUUUCAAAAAACCCCAGAGUCCUUUUCGUUGGGGAUAAUUCAGAGGGAAAUUCCCAGGUGUCAAAAAAGACUAUUUAUGUACCCUUCUACUGCUGCCCAUGUCUUACUAGCCCAAAAAUGAAAAAUGAGCGAGGUCCCAACCAAAGAAGAAUAGCAACUUAAACUGAUGGAAUAUGUGCAGCUUGCAGAUUUAACAUAUAGAAUAAGAGAACAAGAAGAACGCAUGUUUAAAGAAGACUGGAAGAUGUUUACUGAAUAUAUGGG